CUCAACUUUUUUUCACCGCUGCUCAGACUGCUUCUGUUAUUCAGCCACGAGAAAGGAAGUAGCGACAGGCUAGCUGGUUAGCCGGUCUGAAACCACGCAGUCUGUCAGUAAAGAGUGGAAAACAGGGGCUUUUUUUUUUAUCCCGACGAGUGUGUUUUUUUUUUCUUCAUUUAACAACAGCGUGUGAGAGAGCUGCGGGGUUUUGCCGAUACAUUUUAUUUCCUCUCAGAGCUUCAAACUGACUUGACUGGGAGCUUUGUCUGUCUGUCUGGGACGCCACCGUUGUUAGCCUUGUUGGUACGAUUCAGACCUGUUUUAUUCAAGGGAAAAACCGAAAAAAGGCCGAUAAAUUAUAAUUUCAUACGCUGGUUGGAUCGCAGACGAUGCUGUUAAGGAUUACAACAAGACAAUGAGAAAUACAGCCGGGAAAGGUACGUCCAACAACACUGAGAGUAUAUGUGACUGUGUAUGAGCUUGUUCUUUAAAGCAGAAGUUUGCUUUUCGGCAAUGUAGUCAAUUAAUUUAUCGAUAUAUCUUGGUUUUAUCGUUACAGUACAUGUUUCGUUAAAUCUUUGCAUUGACAGAGCUCUUAUUGAAAGUUACUGUAAAGUGACCCAUGCCACAUCUACCCAUUCUCAAAAGUAGUGUAUGAAGUCCCACCAUGAAACAAAAUAAAGCCAGCUAACUAGUAACCUUCACAGCCGUUUUGGGUUACUGUAAUGAUGACAUAUGUUGAGUUUUUUCUCUGUUUUGUUAGUGACAUGGUAGGAUAGCAUGCCGUGGAUGGGCUGAGAAUGUAGGCUGACUUGUUGCAGUGCAAUGUCCCCAGGCCUGGUUCACAAUGUGACUAACCUACAUGUCAGGGGGUUGUUAUUUUCCUACAGAUGGUUAAGAUUGAUUUGGAUCUUGAGCACUACAGUGUUUAGUUUGCAGAAGCAAGGUCAUGACAUAAAUCUUUGGGAAUAGUCUGGAAGUUGCAACUAGAGUUUAUCCAAAUCACCAGUGUAUCAUAUCUGUUAUUAUGGGCUCUCAGUGGUGCACAAUUUAUGGCUGUGUGGAGCCAUGAUAGCCAGUGAUAGGCAAGGAAGAAUAUACAGCCAUGAUAAAGACAAUUCUGUCAAGAGCUGGAAGUUAUUAGUACAGUUUUGUUAUGGAAUUCAAUUUUUUAUUUUUAACCUCCUGUGACCCAGCCUAUUCAUUUAUGUCCUCUUUAGUGCACAUUUGUUCUUGGUGUCUUUGACUCAUUUAAGCUACCCUACUAAGUCCUGAUGUGCUUAAUUGAGGACAUCCUGGCUUUUCCAAUGAUAUCUCAUGUGUUUGGGUGGGAUGAGGGCAACUUUGAUUUCAUGCUAAGACAAAAUGGUAACAGCUUUGAGCAAAAAAGAAAAGGUAGGCCAAAUUUAGCUAUGAUAUCGAUUUUUUACCAAUGGAAAUUAUAUAUUUUCUUGUUUGUGAACAUGUUAAGAAUUCUAAAUUCGAGUCAGAGUUCAGUUAAACUUUUUGUUUUGAGGUGUUGACCUCUGUGACCUAAUGUUAAGCUUCUACUGAUGGCUCAUUUCUUUAAUGUUGCUGGACUUGAAUGUUUUUGUCCUGCAGCAAAGAGAGAGGAGCUGUCCACCAUCAUUGGCACUUUGGUUCAUCAAGGUGUUAUGAAGUGGAAGAUCCAUGUUCUUUGGAAUAGUCUCCACCUUCUUAGAUAUAGGAACACCUAGAUAUUUAUAUUUAUUUUAUAGGCUGAAAAUCACAAAAAAGUUAAAUUGAAAGACCCUUUUGUUCCUUGGAUCUCAGGAGGAUAUCGCGCCAAUUCACAACAGCCGUCAUCCCAAGAUGCUUUCCAAAGAAAAAAGAGCAGGUCUAGACCAUGCUCAUUGUUUGAUGAAUUAUCAAGACCCAACCUAAGAUGGGAUUUGGCCCAUCUCAUCUAACAUGAGUGACAGUGGCAAGGAAAAACUUCCUAUUAACGGGCAGAAACCUUGGGUAGGACCAGACACAUGCCAGACAGCCACCAAGCCGCUGCUGGGUUGGGGAGGAAUACAGAGAGAGAGAGAGUGGACAGCAGCAACAUUAAAACAACGGCAACAACAACAACAGCUCAUGCAGAGUUGUGGUUGCAGAGCAAGUAAAGAUGAAACAAUAUGGAUUCAGUUUACAAGAUCAGGAUAUGAGUUAUUAUGUAAUUAUGUAUUAUGUAGCAAGUUCUGGUGAUUUGAGAUCAAUAAUGACCCAGAGUUUGAAUGUUAUAGCUUGAAUUUUAACUACUUCACAAACUAACUAAUAACUACUGUUCAGAGCUGUAUAGAGAUGAAUACAGAUGUGGUCAUUUUGUAGCUUUUUUUUCCUUUGGCCAAGCAUCAACAUCAUCUCCCGUUCAAGCUUCAGGACCAGGCUCUGCCUACAUGGCUAAUGUCUGGGUGGUGGAACAAAGUAAUCACAUGUAUGAACACUGAAACUGCACUCACAUGCACUUUACUUGGAUGCCUCUCUCUGUCUCUCUAGCAGCAUUUCCCUCUUUCCAUUUCUGUGACUUGCUCUGGUCUAAACACUGUCCUGCUCUUCGAGUGGAUCCUGCUUGUAACUAAUUUCCUCCUGGUGAAAUGUUGUGUUUACACUUUGUUCUGUCCCACUGGCAGCUCUAUGGCUCAAUAAGCCAAAUACCAUGACCCAGACCUUGAGAAAGGCUUGAAAUAAGCUUUCAGACUUAAGAGGGGAAAAUGAUAAAUAUUCACUUGUUUUGAGGUUUUGGGGAAGUACAACAUAACAAGUGUGUGGGGUUUCGACCUCUCAUGUUUGCGUGCACUUUAACUUUACCUCAAAGUUAGUUUCAGUCAAGUGUUAAGAGAAAAAACGUUUUUAGAACUGUAGUUUGACUCCUCAUCUGAUAAUGGUCAUUAAGACGAUUGGCAAGAGUUAUUUCUAGUCCACAAAUUGAGCCAGCAAAUAACCACAAAACACUGAAGGGACAGCUUUACUCUGGUGUUUGUGGAGUGAAAUAAACACUACAAUUUUCUUUAUUGAACUUCAAAUCUUCUGUGUGGAUUAACAUAUGACGUAUAUGUAAACAGCAUCACGUUUAGUGGAUUAAGCAGACUGCCUUUAAAUUAAGUCUUGACAAAGAGUUUUGGAAAGGACAGCGACUCUUUCACUUAUAUGCAGUAUAUAUUGCUUUGUAUUAAAUGUAAUCAUUUCUCUAAAACAAUAGAAGUAAAAGAAUCCAAUGAUCAUGCUGUAAUUGUCCUGUUUCUAAUGUAAACAAAGCCAGCAAAGGAAAUUUCACAACAACAUCUACAACAGUCUUGAGAUGUGUGAGACCCACCUUAAACAACCUACCAGCCAGACUCUGCUCUGGAUCAAGCAUCAGCAUAUUCAAUCCAGUCGAGGUCCCCAUCUGUCAUAUUGGAAAUCUAAUUAACAUCCCAAUCCCUCAUACAGAGAGCUUAAGACCCAAAUCUGCAAUUACUUUAAUGCUUUUUGCCUCAUAAUUUCUAUAAAUAUUCAACAGUUUCAAAUGACAGGGAUGAAAUGUAAUUGAAUGCAUUUUUUAGAUAUCAAUGUGUAAUGGGUUACCAUUUAUGGAAAAGCUGUUCAUCUUUAUAGACAUGUCCAAAUGUCCUCGCAGUAUUUCAUACAGAAAAGCCUUCAAAUAAGGUUGCAGUGGCACCAUUUUCACCCCCCCCCCUUACAUCAGGCAGCCUCCAGAGCAGCUCUCUACCUUUCUCAAAAGAAAGGGACCAUAUGGCCCCCUGCUAAUGGUAGGUGCUCUGCAAGCCCCUCUGCAGAGCUGAGAGCUGAGAGUGGUUGUGGAUAAGAAGGGGGUAGGGGGAGGAAGACCAAUUACAUCUCCAGCUCAGCCUUGAGUUGUAAUUGGACUGCACAUCCUGGCGGAUGCAAUUGUGUGAAACUGCGGAUGAAAAGAUAAUUGCUUCAAUCAUAGCUGUGCCAGCGCUCCUCGGAGGAGAGAUUGAGGGUUUCCUCAGUCUCAGCUUUCAUAGUCAGCUUUAUUACAUCUGUUUUCAUCCACUGAAUCUUACCUGGUUUGGUAUUAAAGAUUAAUUUCCUUGCAGAUAACAAAGUGAAUCGGUCUUAUCUAUGUUUGCAGUUCACAGUGCUGUUUGUUUUCUGCAGGCUGCGUAGUAUGGCCUUGUUUCUGUUACAUUUAGGACUGUGACUGUUUUGGGUCAUUAGCCUGAACCACAUUAGAGGAACUAAGGUGUUUUCAGCUCCUCCAUUAAGCUGCUCUACAGUUUGACACCACAACAGCAAACAACUGCAAAGUUGGAAAAAGGAAAAGUACUUAGUGGCACCAGUAACAAAGCUGUGAACAAGAGGUGAAAAUGAAACUCUGGCUUGUUUUACGCCGAGGUGACUGUUUGAUCUCAUACGUGACGUGUGGUAAAUGCAGAUGAGAGUGUUAUUUUUAGUCGAUGACUUUGUAAGUGUGGGAGCUGUUUUUUGCACUGUAGAUAGUAAACGCAACUCCGUGUGGGCUGCAGCCGAUCUGUUAACACUUCUGACUGCUGUCUAUCUUAUCUUGUCUGAUGUCAGGGGCAAAUGUAUCUGGACUUUCUAAAACCAAUGGGAAACUUUGUUUUUUCUCCCAACUGUUUGAUGAAUCAUGAAGAGUGUGAGAAACUAGGUCAAACAGGUGGCACUGAAGUCUGAUUUCAUCCCACUGUUGAGUGUGUAUUUGUGAAACCUGCAGGGUUGGCUUACAAAAUUGCAUUUCUGAUGAUGAUCAAAACUCAAUUAAGUGGAUCUUAUGAGACCUGCUUGCUCUCUCUCUCUCUCUCUCCCUCUCUCUCUCUCUAUCUUGGAGUUCAAUCUGUUAUUUUUCUGGUUACCUCUGGUAUUAUGCAGACACCUGCAGUGCACGGUUCUGCAGAUACUCUCUCCGCCUUUAAAGAUCAUGUUUUGUAGACUUCUUGGGGCUUUAUUGGUUUGGUUGAUAAUUAUCUUCUUUGCAACAAAUUCAUAUAUUAUUUUGUCUGCCUGGUUAUUAGUUGAUUGGUCUGUAAAACAUAUUUAAAAACAAGUCUGUAUCUUCAAUUUUUAAAUCUCAGUAUGAACAUUUUUACAAACUGUAACCUAAAAGAAUAAUUACAUUUAAUCUAAACGAAGAAGUGAAACCACAAUUUCCUCAAAGAUGAGUCUGAUAUCUUUAAAACGUGCUUCUAUAAAUGUGGGAAAACCAGUGUUGACCAAGCAUUCAACUGUUUACUUCUGAAGGUACACUGCAGGAUUGAUUGUCAAGGGCUUGGCAAGUAAGCUGGGCAUGUAGAGGCAUGUGUUUCUAUUGCCUGUGUACUCAUCAGAAAGAUGUCAGUAUCUAUUACUUAACUCUACUUCUCAAGAGGACCAGGUUAUGUCUUUUAUAUUUUGUAAACUUGUGGGCUUGAUCGAGUGAUUUCAGGAGAGCUUAAUCUCUAUUGUCUCCUUACCCUCUCAUCUAAGACACUGAUAGCCAGUUUAAUAAACUGGCUGUGAUGGUUAUAAAUAGGAUCAUUCCCAUUGGCAUUACCUGCUCUCUUUAUGAAGGAAUCUAGGCGCUUCAAGACAGAGAAGGAGAAGACAGAGAGAGAGGUCAGAAAGAAGAAAUGGUACACCACUACGAGUGUGCUUUUGUGAACAUACAGUGUGGCAACACUUAGUGCAGUAAUGUGACAAGAAUGCUUCAGGGUUGGCCUUUUCUGUGGCCAAAGUCAGAACAAAAACCAGCCGACUCUGUGCAGAAAUCUGCUCACAAAGCUCUGCAGUGUGGAUUUGCAGUGACCUGUAUUUUGUAAAGACUGGAGCAGCUGGAGAGUUCAGGCAAAAGAAAGUCAUACAGUGUGUUUCAGCAGACGAGCGCGGCAAGGUUUUUUAAAGUCAUCAAGAAUUCCACAAACUCCUCGGUAACUUGGCUUUUUUCAGUGUGGCAAGCCGAAUUUAUGGGCUUUAUAAAUAGACCCAGCUGUAAUGAUAGGGUACAAGUGAGGAAAAGGCAGGCAGAGUGCUUAAGGAUGGCCUACUUACACUGCAUUUGUUUGUCGUAUUUUCGGUCUGCACUCAAGGUCCAAAGACAUCAAAUCAAGAUGUUGAAGAUCAAAGUUUGAUUGUGAUAAUAAUGCUUUAACCAAAUGUGCCUGCUUAGAUUGGGAUUAGAGGCACGAGCCAAGCAAAAGUUUCAGGCAAAAUAUACAACCCAAGAAUUUUCCACAGUGAAGUGAAAAGUGGCCAGCCAGCGUCAUGGAAGACAUAUCUUAACCACUUUAAGGCAGCCCGAGCACACCGAGUUCAUAUGGCUUUUAGGUUAAAAUCUGUGAGUGCAAUCGGGUUAUUCGUGACCAUUUAUAGUGUUUGCAUCAGCAGGCUUGUUGUAUCACAUUCAAAUGUCGCUUCUAGACGGAGAGAUCUCAAAGGGUUGAACUGAUAUUUGUCUAUUUUGGAUUGUGUAAAGGUGAAGUUACUCUUUUGUUGGUGCAUCUCCAGCUCCUGUAAAGACUCCCCCCACCCAGAUUCUGCCGCAGCAACACACAGCAACCAAACAAAACACUUGUGCUGCAUAAACACACAAAAUAGUUGAACUGUCCAUGAAAAUAGAAAGCACAUUUUGGAGAACCCACCAUGUAGGACUUGACCCUUUCAAGUCUGAAAUAUUGACCCAAAGUCCUUUCAACUCCUUGCUCCCUGCCCCCUCAGUUGCAGUGGUCACUCACAGGAAGGAGACUGCUGAGUGUGUGUCGUGUGUGUGUGCAUGUGUGUGUGUGCGCGUUUGUUUACAGAUCGACUGACUAACUGAUGGCUGCAGUGAGUGCUAUAACCUCCCCCUCCAUCCUCUCCGCGGUCACUGAUCCUGUCCCUUUGCUCUGGAUUAUGGGCAGAGACAGGGCACACCCUGAGGCUCUGUUUGCUGUUACUCUGCACUGUAAUCCAGCUCUGGGAUCACUGUCAAAGUUGGAUCAUUAGCCAUCACUAAUAAAGGCUAGUCACAUACACUCACACAAAUAUAUGUACAGUAUGUGUGUUCUGCUAAUCUCCUCUGUAGCAACAUCUCUCAGUUUUUCCUGCAGUAGUAAGAAAUGGAGUUGAAGAAGCUAAGUACCCUAAACAGCACUCUUUCUCUCUGUGAACACUUUAUUGCCUUACAUAUAUGUUGUAGAGAGGCAAAGACGGAGAAAAAAAGACAUUUAGGAAUAAAUCUGAAAAAUCAAAGUCAAUGAAACAGCACAUGAUCUUCAAAAGGCCUUAGACUGUUCUGAAAUGAAGCGAGACUGCUUUAAGUCAAGAGUUAAAGGCGGUCUGAGGAAACAGACUCCAGCGUCAUUCCUUACUCACUCCCUUUGAAAAGGAGUGAGGAAAAAAUGAAUACAGGGCGGUAGGGCUGACGGUCCCUUCCCGUUGAAUGUGCCAGGGCAGAAACCAGUCAGUGUGUUACAGAGGUAGAUGGUGAAGGCGGCACAGUUUCGCACCGGAACAUAAAAAUUCCACUCAGUGGCAUGAGAUGAAUGUGAGAUUUGACUUCAUUAUACUGUGAUUUAUCUCUGGGGUUUGCGUAUGAAAUGGAAAUCUGAAUUUCAAACGACCAACUCGUCUGAAGUUUAAAAAAUAGUCAAAAUCUAAAUCAGUCGAUUUAACUCUGGAUAAAAGAGUCUGUGGGUACAAUGUGAGAAUGUCAGUUAGCAGGCGCUGCAACAUGCUGGCUUAUUCUCGCAGAAAACCAGUCUGUAGUUCUUUUUGCAGGUCAACGUCCACAUACACACGCUGCCACUGAAACCAGAUGCAGCACACAUACAACUUCAAAAUAUUUCCAAACUGCAUCAGGCUACUAGAUGUCACCUGUCAUCCAGGUAGUAUAGACAUGAGCCGGUAUAGAAUCAGCAUUUAGGACCUGAAAUGAUAAAAAUGUUUAUAAUUUUUAUAACUGGAUAUCAUGCUCAAAUCUAGUUUUUGGGACACAUUUGUAUCCUUUUACGACAGACCAGAUAUACACAAGGGCAAUAUGAAUGAGAGACCACAACACGGUCUUGCCACUAGAUUCCUUUAAGCACUGUAAGGAGCGACAGGAGUGUAAAAAGAGAAAAAGCACAACCCAGGAAGGCACAGAUGGGGAGAGAGAUGGAAAGAAAGAGACAAGCUGAGGGUAGGAGGAGAGAGAGAGAGAGACAUGGAGCAGAAACAGUAGACCUUGGCUAGGCGUUCUGUGCUGGCAUGGCUCUGCUCUGCUCUGUUUAUUUUUGCUCUAUUUUUACAGUGCAGUCUGACUCUGGUCACUGAUGAAUGACUCCAUAUGUAAUGUACAUUUCAUGAUAGAAAUUAGUCAGGAUGUUGGCCGGGAUUUGGACAUGAAAUGAUCUGCACAGAAGUGAAGACAAGAACAGUUGAAAAAGCCGAUGCCUUUGGCUUAAGUGGUGCUUGGCUUUGAAUAUCCUGCUCUAGUUUUGUUCUUUUCUGCUGUUGCUUCUUGAAAAACAACGUUGUUCAAUUUAGAAAAAGGUUGUCGAUGCAACAUCAUCCUCCUUAAGAUGCUUAUCAUCUGCUCAUUGAUGUGUGAAUCUGCACGGCCACCCAAACAUCAUCAGAACACACCACAGGGAAGAUGCUUUCAAUAGAUCGACAUUUUAAUAAUCUAUUGUGUAUUAAAAUGUCUGAGAUUAUGACGAUUCCUGAUUUUUUUUACAUAUCCUGUAUUACAAGCUUAUUUUUAUUUCAACCCUCCUGCUGUUUUUUGUCCCACUUUGAAGUUCAACCUGAGGUCGGGGCACAAAUGUAGGCUGAGUAAUAUUACAAACAUUGAGGUGUUUCCAGAUGGGAGGGCAGGAUUUGGCACCGCAUAGAGCCACCCACACUUGAAGGUGGUGCCAUGACAGAGAGAGCAGAAGCUUACGUCUGUGUGAGCGAGGUGAAGUCUCAGCUCUUUCCUGUGAUGUAUGCUAUUUCAUGGAAUAAGUUUUAAGAUUAAAAGUUUGGCUUUGUGUCCUGCUGAGGAAUUGUCUGAGUAUGUGUGUGUGUGGGGUGUGUAUCAGGCGUCAGUUUUUUUUAAUGGAGUAUGAACUUAGUGCGUCGCUGUAACUAUUCUUGUGCUACAAUGGAGUCAUGUGUUUUUGGAAGUGUAUUUAGAGCAAGGAGGCCCCACAUGAGUGAGCGUGUACAAUAAUCCCCUCUGUCUGCCUCCUUCCUUUUGCUUCCUUUUUUCCUCUUCCUGAUUUUUCUGCCUGCAGCUGCCCCACAUCUCCAGAUGACACACUGUGUGUUUGUGUGCAUGUUGUUCAUCGCACUGAAUGGGAAGGAAGUGUUUCCGCAAAUGGACACCAUCUUGAGCCACCGCUGUUUACCUUAUAUGAAAUGCACUUGACUGGAUUGAAGCCGUUGUGUAAAGAGUAGCAUUUAUUCCAAGCAGUUUUCUGAACAGAGUAACCCAAAGAUAAUUCAACCACUGGAUCAUUUACGAGAGCCUUUAGCCUUUCAACUCACACCAAAAUAUAAUAAAGUUUAACAUCAUUAUCAACUUAAUUCUCAAUUAAUGCCAAGGAGAAUCAUUGUUGUGAAGUCAGGUACAAAAAAAGCUGAUGGUUGAUAUACACUCACCGGCCACUUUAUUAGGUACACCAUGCUAGUAACGGGUUGGACCCCCUUUUGCCUUCAGAACUGCCUCAAUUCUUCGUGGCAUAGAUUCAACAAGGUGCUGGAAGCAUUCCUCAGAGAGCUUGGUCCAUAUUGACAUGAUGGCAUCACACAGUUGCCGCAGAUUUGUCGGCUGCACAUCCAUGAUGCGAAUCUCCUGUUCCACCACAUCCCAAAGAUGCUCUAUUGGAUUGAGAUCUGGUGACUGUGGAGGCCAUUUGAGUACAGUGAACUCAUUGUCAUGUUCAAGAAACCAGUCUGAGAUGAUUCCAGCUUUAUGACAUGGCGCAUUAUCCUGCUGAAAGUAGCCAUCAGAAGUUGGGUACAUUGUGGUCAUAAAGGGAUGGACAUGGUCAGCAACAAUACUCAGGUAGGCUGUGGCGUUGCAACGAUGCUCAAUUGGUACCAAGGGGCCCAAAGAGUGCCAAGAAAAUAUUCCCCACACCAUGACACCACCACCACCAGCCUGAACCGUUGAUACAAGGCAGGAUGGAUCCAUGCUUUCAUGUUGUUGACGCCAAAUUCUGACCCUACCAUCCGAAUGUCGCAGCAGAAAUCGAGACUCAUCAGACCAGGCAACGUUUUUCCAAUCUUCUAUUGUCCAAUUUCGAUGAGCUUGUGCAAAUUGUAGCCUCAGUUUCCUGUUCUUAGCUGAAAGGAGUGGCACCCGGCGUGGUCUUCUGCUGCUGUAGCCCAUCUGCCUCAAAGUUCGACGUACUGUGCGUUCAGAGAUGCUCUUCUGCCUACCUUGGUUGUAACGGGUGGUUAUUUGAGUCACUGUUGCCUUUCUAUCAGCUCGAACCAGUCUGGCCAUUCUCCUCUGACCUCUGGCAUCAACAAGGCAUUUCCGCCCACAGAACUGCCGCUCACUGGAUAUUUUUUCAUUUUCGGACCAUCCUCUGUAAACCCUAGAGAUGGUUGUGCGUGAAAAUCCCAGUAGAUCAGCAGUUUCUGAAAUACUCAGACCAGCCCUUCAGGCACCAACAACCAUGCCACGUUCAAAGUCACUCAAAUCACCUCUCUUCCAAAUACUGAUGCUCGGUUUGAACUGCAGGAGAUUGUCUUGACCAUGUCUACAUGCCUAAAUGCACUAAGUUGCCACCAUGUGAUUGGCUGAUUAGAAAUUAAGUGUUAACGAGCAGUUGGACAGGUGUACCUAAUAAAGUGGCCGGUGAGUGUAUAAUGCUGAUAUCACACUGUUUUUGUCGAUAUGAUAGUCCUAACAAAUGAGAAACAAUAUGCUGAACUAGUGAAAGUUUGAUUGGAUAAAUAUAGACCAAAAAUAUAGGUUUCAGUAAAAUACUGCCACAAGGAAGUUUUGGAUUUCUGUUAAGUAAUUGUAGAUAGCUGAGGAGAUCUCAAAUGAGUUGAAUAGGAAAAAAAUAUGCAAGGUAAAUAAAUAUUCAUGUUAUUGUAAGUCAAGAUAAAAUUAACCAUGAUUGGGGUGGGGAAAUUCGCAGUGUUAACAGCAGCAGAGGAUCAGCACAGCAAACAGAAGAAUAGGUACAACUCUCUUUGUGCAAACAGUGCACAGAUAAUUACAAAAAAGUAAACUUAGAGCUAUACAAGAAAAUGUUGUAAAAAAGAGAGAGAAAAAAAACUAGAAGAGAAACAGAUUCACUCAGUAAAAAAAAAGAAUUUGGACAUGUUAUUGCACAUAAUUUGAGUUCUUAUACCUUAGAAAACGGUGUUUGAAGCUAUACAUAAAACUAUUAUUUUAUUCAUCAUCAUCGUUUGCAUAAAAUACUAGUCAGUCUUAGAUUUGAUUGACUGUCAAAUGUAUUUUCUAAUUGUAAAGAUAAUGGUAAUAAUGACCUCGUGAGAGCGAAUGCUGAUGUGACAGAUUAGUUAGUGUUUAUUUAUCUAUCCAAAAGUUCAAAUACAUAAAUACAUGUACAAAAAAUACAGUUAAUCUGUUUUUAUAGUGCCUCUAAUAAAAUAUCUGAAGGUCAGACCAACAGUUCUCUGAUUCAGUCCAUCUGUAAAUUGUGGACUUGUCUAAAUCUCUUCUGUUUGUUAUGUUGCCCUCCUGCUGAGUACAACACUAAAUAAAGACCAUACCACAACCCCACUCCCCACAUCACACCACUGCACUCUGUUUGUCCAGCACUGGUCCAAACAAGUCUAUUAGUCCAUCAUGGCUGGGAUGACUGGUCCGGAAAACUCCGGAAUUCUCUGUCACCACCAACCAGAGUGGAAUCCCACAACAGCCAAUCAGACUCUGCAAAGCCUUCUGGGAUGCAUUAAGGCAGACAUGCUAAGGCCUCAGCAGUCUGAUAUAUUUCAUGUGGACACUGCCGCUCCGGAGCUAAAGUUUCAGCUAAUCUUGCUGAUUGAAAACAUACAUUUGUCUGCAUCAUGCAGCAGCUCACCCCAGUAUUAAUCUCUCAAAUGAAAGACCCUUAGGUGUGUGUAGGUCUGACAGUCAAGGCGGGGUUAACUCUGAAGAGGAUUUGCAUGUCUACUUCAUUUGCAUAUGAUCGUCUCUGUGUUGUGAUGCAGUAUCUCUGAUAUGAAAUGAGAUGUUGAAAUAGGUUGACAGUGCUUUUUCUGUUAUUACCUGGUAUGUUUGCUCUUCUGCUCUUCUCACUUGGGUCACUGACGAGAUGACAGGCAAGCAAAGGUUGAUUUUGCAUGUGAAUUGUAAUUACAAGGGCAAGUUUUUUUCAUUGUUUUUUUUCCAGAGCCUGAAGACCCAGAUUUUCCCUCACUCUCGUCCUCUCGGUGUGGUUCGGCAUCUGGACUGAGUUAAAGCAGCAGUGCCAAAUGUUAGGCAGUGCUGGGGAACAAAAGGGGGUGGCCAGCAGGGGGGUUAAGGGGAGGGAAGCAGAGGGGGUCUGCAAAAAAAGAAGGUGGUAUGGCUGGAGAAAUGGAGGGAAAGGGGCACGGUUAGGGAGGCAGUUGUAAACACAGCAGUGCAGCUGAGACAGACGGGUGGUGAGAGACAGGGCAGUGGUGUAGGGCCGUACCCGGGGCCUCUUGGAUUACUGACCUGCUGUGAAAUGCACAUAAAGUGGGAGUUCAUAAAGCUGUGGCUAAAACUAACAUUGGAUUAGUCCAGGCUGCAACACCAGAACACCCCGACACCUAGAGGAGUUGUGCAGCCAUGGUUUCAAGUUGUGUAAAAGUAGGUUGUCCAGUAUGUUUAUAGACAACCUCAGCUGUUGAUGUUCACCCUUCUCGCUUGACUUGCACUGAUUUAAGUGGGAUGUGGGUCAUACUGUCCUCCCAGGGAUGUCAGAUAAACAGCAGCCCACUUCAGUCUGUCAAUACAUGACUCAAAUACAUAUUUAGUGUAGCAGAUCAAUGGACUGCUCAGUGAUGACCAUGCCAUAAUUGAUUUGAGUUAUCUGUCACAGUUCUGGUGAAUUCAUCGUGACAGACAGCUGGCUAGCUUGAACUUAGUUUUGAUUCAGAUAAACAGGUCAAUGCCGUGAUGGAUAGAGCAUAAAAUGGUAUUUAUUGCUCUUUUGACCCUUGCUUGAAUGUAUCAGCUGUGGUGUCUUUCUCCUCGAGCCUUUGCAAGAACAGCACGUUGGCAAUGAGCUUGGGUUCAACGCUGACUGAAUAAUAUCAACAAGUCAAAGACUGGAUCCCUGCGGCUCCGCUCUCCUUUAUCCUCUUCUUUAGACGCAGGCAGCAGAUGCUCCUCAGCUCUGGUUUUAUUGUUUGUGGCCUGCCAGCUUGGGAGCUGACUUAAAGACAGGGGGGAGGAGAUGAGCUUUUAGUGCCAUUUUUUUUCUUCCCUCCGUCUCAUCAUAGUUCCCUCUCUUACUGUCUGUGUUUGUCUCAUUGAGCCUGGUUAGUGUCUGCUGGAUGGGUUAAUUCCCUGACUGAGGUUUUGGUCUUUUUCUGAAACAAAGGGUUGAAUCUUUGAAUGAUCCCAUGUGGCUCUGGUGGGCGGGCUCUGAUCCAUUCAGAGCCAUUUCGGGUGCAUCUGCACUUCCUUUAGAGCCUCGGCUGUGAGGCUGAUUUACCGCCAGUCAGCAGCAACAGGAGCAAUCCCUCUCUCCCUCUUUCUCUCUCUCUAACAUGCUGCUCCUGAGAGCAUUAAUGAACCUCCGAGAGAAGACACAUACACACAUAAACAUGGGCAGAACGCCACAGGCAUGGAGCACUCACAAACACACACUCACACUCAUAGUGAAUCUUGCUUGUGUCUUUCAUUGUGCCCAGAGGACAAUGAAGCCUGUUUUGGCAGAGAGCCAGCCCCUCUCAUCUCCAUUAGGUCAUGCACAGAGAGUUGUAGUGGUGAUGGAUACUUGAGUGGCCCCAGCUCCACUUUCCCUGGGGAGGAGAGGAGAAGAGCACAGCCACAGCGUUGCAGGCUCAUAAAUCUACCCUGCAAGAAAUUUAGGAUGGACCUACAGAUUUUUGAACGUUUGAAGCAAGAUAAUAUCAAUGAAGUGUAAUAGAAAACAGUGAAUAAAAAAGUGAGUCAGUAUUCACCAACCCCCGAAAGUUUGCCGCUGAGACAUUCAGGAUGGUUAACAGAGUCUUGAGUGCGAUAGUCUGAGGAAUCCUGUUUUACUACCCAAUCACUCAUCCCUACAGAUAAACUUAUUCAUCCUCUGAGUCACAUCCAGGAUUGUCUCAUUUACAGCACUCCCUCAUAUAAGGGGAGAGCGUAGCCUUGUGUUGACUCACUUGUCUUAUUCUCACCAGGCUUGCUUUUUAGAGCUAAUCUGAUCGCUUCCUUUAUGGUUGUGUUGUGAAUGUCGACUUGAUAAUUGCUACAAUGAAUGUACUCCUCUCUAGAAAUAGUAUAGAGUCAGUGUUGACCAUUUAACAAAGCCUAGAAUUACCCUUUUCCCCUAUCUCUGAAGUCUAUACGGUAUUUUGUAGGGGUGGGAAUCACCAGUGGCCCCACGUUAUGAUAUUAUCACGAUACAGUGAGUAUUACGAUACCAUGUUUCGUGAUUUAUGCAAUUUUUUCAACUGUUUAGGUAAUGUAGCAUUUGUCUGUCCUUUAUGUUUGUCUUAUUUACACAGUAUUUUAUUUUCAUGUAGCACAUCUUACAAACUUUAUAUCUGUAUUUGUUAGGCUCUGAUGAUAUGCUUUUCUCCCGAUUUGAUUGUUCUACGAUGUUUUGGAUGCUGUUCGAUUUAAAUUGCGAUUCCAUGAUAAUGUCGAUUUUUCUCGAUUUUUAGGCCGCAUUUUUAACACCAGUGAAACAGCUGAAUGAAUAUGAUUGUCUACUGACUAUUCCAGAAACCAUAUUUCCCCCAAAAAUACAUAUCACAUGUAAGUCAGUUUUUAAGAUUUAUUCUUAAAUUUGCAAAAAUAUUGAUUUUUGAACAAAGAAAUCGAUUUAAAAAUUGUAAAACAAAAACUUGCGAUACUUACAUGAAUUGAUUUUUUCUCCCACCCCUAAUAUUUGUUGUGCUGAAUUUCUACUGCUCUAUGGUAUCACUUCUGCCAACCUCACUGGACAAACAGUUGAUUUCAUUUUUCCAUUAUCAUAGAUUUCAUUUCAUAUUAGCAAUUAAUUUGAAAAAUCAAUACUUGGUAAAUGAGACGAAACGAUAUAUCGUCAGAUAAAAUAUUGCGGUACUAUGCUGUAUCAGUUUUUUCUCCCACCCUUAGUAAUUUGUCUUCAAUGCACACAAACCUCUACAUUAUUGUUGUUUCCAUUGGGGGGAAAAAAUCAUAGUUUUCAGUAGAGGAGGACUGAUAUCAUCCUUUAAGACCCUAUCUACAAAGAUAUUACCAUAGUGUGGAGGGUAAUUGUGCAAAACUGGGAGACUUUCUGGGACAAUGCCAAUGUUUGCAAACAUCGCAUUCAAAUCCCUCGUUAACUUGACAUCCUUUCACUGCCAAAGUCUGUAUGAGUCCCUCUUCUGUUCUUAUCCUGUUAUUGAACUUUGUAGCAUCUAGCAGCCCUGAGUAACCAGAGUUAUCAGUGAUGCUAGAGUGGACUGCCGGCAGUCACUGAGUCUGUGUGAUGACGUCAUGUCUUACUUCCUCUCAGUCCUCCUCUUUGUGCACAUGCAUGUCUCAGCGAGUAAGGCAGACAGUGUGGGGUAGACCAGAGGAGUGAGUUAACUCAGAGGCAUACACAGAUAUCCAGCCCAAGUUCACUGACCCACUAUGUGUCACUGGGUCAUCCACUUCCUGUCGGAUCAUCGAGUCAGCUGCUGGUGUCUCAGCACUGACUGGUUGCUCUGUUUACACAGUGCAUAUGAGUGUGAGUGUGUGUGGCUUUGAUUAUCCAUUCGGGAGAAAAUGUACUCUUUGUAGGUUCGACUAAGAGCAGAACACUCCAAGCUUUGACACAUCUCCAAGUGAGAUCACAAAAACUACAACAAUGGCCUUAUAAAGGCAAAAUAUUCCCUCUCUCCCUCCGCUAAUUUGCACUGUAGACUUACUACAACUCCUCCUCUUUGGCAGCGCAGGACUUUUUUUUUACUUUUCAUUGACGGCGGAUUAUGGAGAUAGAUUAGGAGUAGAGAAAAAGGGGAGUUAGGAGUUAGACCUGGUUUUCUUGUUUCACUGACGUCAACUCCAAAGCAGUGCUUUCGUGCAGCUAUUUUUCUGUUCACAGUACGGCAGAAAGGCAUUUGCUGUUUGUUAUACAGCCUGUGAGUGUGAAUAUAUGUGUUCACUCUUGUACAUUUUUGAUAACUAUUAUUUAACUUGUCUUCAUUGAUGUCUCUAUUUAAUCCUGUGCGACAGAGUUAAAAAAAAUAGUGCUGAAGUCUCAAAAAUGGGAUUUAACGAUUCUGUAAAUCACCAAAUAGAUCAUUCAACAAGACAUGUUACCGGCUUUUUAAAUCUUAAGUAAUUCAUUGUGUCAUUAUUAUGUAGAUCAAUACAUUUUUACCUAACCAAUCACUGCACAGUGGCCUGGUAGAUAAUGAGGUGGAGCUUGAAGGAGGUUAGUUAGUCCAUUGGAGAUGAGUGGUACCGCCUUUUUACAAAAAUGUCUGUUUUAAAGAGCUUGUUAGUUGUUAAACCCUCUUCCUGCCGUAAGCAGCUAAAGAGCUCCUCUCUACCCUCAGCAAAGCUCUCUCGCUCUAGAGUCUCUCAUCAACCACCAGUAAGCAGCUAAAGUGCCAGGCUAAGCCUACGUAAAGCAGACAACCCCAGGUCUUAUCUUAGGAAUGCCGGGCAUCCUUGCAGAGGAUCUCCUCCACAGGGAGGAAGCUGCAUUAUCACAAAGCCUCCGUCUCCUUUGAUUUUCCCCUGAGACCUCUCUCUUUACUGUCUGACUUUUAGAUGUUUACUUUUUGUUUUCUCCCUCUCUCUGACUCUCUCUUCGUGCCCCUUUUUUCUUACCUUGUCUGUCAUUCCCUUUUGCCUCUUUUUUCACUCUCUCUGCUAUAAACGCUCACACACUGGUACUGCAGCUUUAUGUAAGCUCUUUUUUUUAAAACUUCUUUUGAGAGCAGCUCAGGACUUGAAGUGACAGAUUUAAACCAGACAGGGCCCAUGAUGGAGGAUAAUGAUGAUGCUGUCUUUUGUGGUCUUUGCAUGCAGUUUUGCGUGCCUUGCCAUUUUACUGGCUUGCAUGUUUUUGGGACUGUGGUCAGCCUGGCAAAAGCACAAGCUCAUGACUCUCCAAUGCUUUAUUUUCCCUCUAUUUCUCUCCUGUGACCCAGAUGCCUCCAGUUCAGAGUUAGGGUUUGUUUAGAUUUUGUUAAUCAUUUGAUGUAAAUCUUCCUUUUCUGCACGUGUUAAAUUACCACAAAGUAAAAGAUGUAGUAGAAUAGGGCUGGGUGAUAUGGCCUCAAAUCAACACGAUAUAUUGAGCAGUUCAUCUUGAUAACGAUAAAUGAACAAUAACUCCUCCAUAAGCUGCUCACCCCCUCGCCGCUCCAGCCGCUACAAGUCUUCAUCUCCUCCCGUCUUUCCCUCUUUGUGACCGACUGGAUGGGAUGGAGUCAUGUCUCCAGUGUAGGACAGCGUCUUAAAGGGACAUGAGACCAUAGCCUACCUACACACACCCAAAACCAACUUUUAUUUAUUUAUUUGACACCGAAUAUACCGACAUGUGUAUAAUGACUUCAGUUAUUGUCGUAAAUUUCAGCAUUGGUAAGUUUUCGGUUUAUCACCCAGUCCUAUAGUAGAACCAUGAUUUUUUUUUGUUCUGACUUUAGUUCCCAUGGUGAAACUAAUCUAAAACGACUUAUCUACCAUCCCAUGACUAGAUUCUUGCAGAUGAUAGAAAAGAGCUGGUGGGUAUUAUUUGUAUUAACGUCGUAGAACACAUGAGCCCAAUUGCUCAUCAUCAAGCUUCAGCAAAAACAAACAUUUUAAUGGAGAAUUUAAUUUCAUAAUUCAUGCAGAAGUGUAUGAGAUCCUCUUUUUCCUCUGCCUGUAUUUUUUUGGCCUGUAUCUUGGGCUAUUAUAUUACGUAUUCUUCAGGCUGAGAAAACAAACUGCCUUGCAUACAUGAUAGAAGUGAUAAACUGCAGGAUUCUCUGCCUGCAGGACUCAACCCGAGAUCAGGUUACCAAAGCAGUGCAGUUUGCUGUACAGCAAUUUGAACCAGGUUUGUGUUUCCCCAUGAGAGACUUACAGUUCACACAGUGUGCAUUACUGAUGCAAAGCCACGCUAUGUGAUCCAACAUUAGACCAAACCAUUCCCAGAUGCUCUUCAUCCACUUCACUUUACACACAGAUCACCAUUUUGCAUUAUUUUAGACAAAGACGGUCUUAACCUGGAUCCGUUUGUCCAGUUGUGUGUGACACUGAGUCUGACGUGAAAUACCUCAACAGUACUUUUGAGUUUUUCCCUUUAAAUGAACAGGUUACACCAGCCGGACCUUCUCCUCAACUCUGAUGAUGUCAAACUGUCAUUGAGUCAGUCUGGUGAAGACACCACAACAAUCGACACCGUCAGUAAUUUAGGUGUGGGAUGAAGUGAGCUUGCAGCUGUACGCAUGAUAGUGCAAUGAUUUGGAUGCUAAUUACAGAGGAGUGUUAUCCCUACAUGAGUUUGUACUGCCACUAACUGCUGUACAGUAGAUUCAUGCGGUGUGGAAAACUGCAAACUCAUACAUGGAUGAACCCGACUCGAGUCCUCCCUCUCUGCAGGCUGCAGAUCUAUGUGCCAUGUGUACAUGGAUUAGUCACAGAUUGGUCUUUAAAGUGAGGUUUUCUUUGUAUCGAGACAUUUGGAUCACUUAGCACUAACCCUAGCAUGUUCAGACACAACUCAAAGAACACAAUGUGAACAUCUCAGAUAAAUCUAUACCUGUGUAAUAACCGCUUAUUAGAGAGUUAAUUCAUGUUUUUGAGUGUCAAUGUGAGAGGUACUCAUCAACAGUCGUUGCAUUACUCACAGCAGAUGGUACAGGUUUCUCUGUGAAGAAGCAUCAUUAGAGCUCUGCUGAAACACGGAGAACUGUGCACACAUAGCUUACGUAAAAAUACUGUAUAGAGGAAGUUAUGCACAAGGAGCAGGCUGUUGAAAGGGCAUGUGAUGCAACUUUUCUAAAUGUAGCACUGCCUACACUUUAACUGAUCAUGCUUCUUUGAUGUGUUACAAGUGAUGACAGGUUUGAGAGUUUUGGUCCUAUAGUGUGUCCCUACUCUUGUAAUCUUUAAAAGUCUUUUGCUGUCUAACAGGAUUUAAGAGUAAGCGUCAUGGCGGACUCUGGGAGCUAACCGUUGCUAGCUGCCUAGCUUCCUGGUACUGUCAUCGAAGUAGCAUUUUCUUUUGAACCCCACCACACGUCUUUUCAGUCAUGGUGUGUUUUACCAAACACAAUGUGUAGGUAAGCCAUGUGUCAGCGAGUAUUUUGGAUGUCCGUCUCAGUUUAUGCUUCACGUUUACUGUCAUCGCCAUGGUUGCCGUGGUAGUCUGACAAGAUAAUCUUUAGAAAUGUUCAGUAACUGGGCCUUUGCAGACUUAUGUCGAAAGGGAGAAAUCAGACCCCAGAUCACUUGUAUGUGAAUUUCCCAGUUUGGGAUCAAUAAAGCCCACCUACCUACUUACUUACUUACUUACUUACUUACUUACUAACCUACUUACUUACUUACUUACUUACUUACUUACUUACUUACUUACUUACUUACCUACUUACUUACUUACUUACUUACUUACUUACCUACCUACCUACUUACUUACUUACUUACUUACCUGCCUACUUAACUUACUUACUUACUUACUUACUUACUUACUUACUUACUUACUUACUUACUUACCUACCUACUUACUUACUUACUUACCUGCCUACUUAACUACUUACUUACUUACUUACUUACUUACCUACCUACUUACUUACUUACUUACUUACCUGCCUACUUAACUACUUACUUACUUACUUACCUACCUACUUACUUACUUACUUACAUACUUACUUAACUACAUACUUACUUACUUACUUACUCACUUACUUACCUACUUACUUACGUACUUACUUACUUACUUACCUACCUACUUACUUACUUACCUGCCUACUUACUUACUUACUUACUUACUUACUUACUACAUACUUACUUACUUACUUACUUACUUACUUAAUUACCUACUUACUUACUUACUGCUUACUUAUUAACUAACUAACUAACUAACUAGUACUGUGUGGGCCCUACUGUUCAACAUGUCAUUAUUCAAAGGAUCCCCUUUAGAGAAGUUCUGACGACAGAUACGUUCAAGUGGGAAUAGUUGCAGAUAUGCAUAUAUUGUUUUACAGAUUAAAAUCUAUAUCAGCUGGUUUGCUUGAUAAAGUCCUUCAAAAAUCUGGAAAAAUUUUGUUUUGCAAUUUUAACCUAAAGUCAAACCUACAGUUAGUUUACACAGGGCUUCAAGCAUUGAGCUGGAUUCUGUUUAGUCCAUUUAUUGUAUGGAUGCCAUUCACAUGACCUAUCAGUAACAUGUUUGUCCUGCCCUCUUGGUAUACUGUACUUUACUUCAUUAAGACAUCUUGAUAGAUCUAGAUUUAUCUUCAACAAGGCAGUCUAACUUGGUCAGGAAAUCAGUCAUCUCCGCAGCUAGGGCAGAAACAGACCUCUAUUUGUAUUCAGCUAAUGCUCUGUGAUGUUGCAAGACCUUUUCUGAUGGGAAGCUGCCAGACAGAGAAAAUUGACUUAUCCAGGAAUGGAGGCAUCGGUUACCGUGGUGAAAAGUUACCUAAUACUUUUUGUGUUCUACGUCACACAUAACUGUAGGUGUGUUGUCUGUGAGAGUGAAUAAUACGCAGUCAUUACACAAUUUGUGGUUUACCAUAAGCGCCCUCUGUUUGCAUAUCUUGUUGCUAUCAUUGAACUGAGGGGUUGUAUUUCUGUGCAGCAUCUGCAGAUGCAACUUCUGGUAAACUUUCAGGGACGGAUCUGUCUACGUGUGAUGUGAGAUUACUGCCAUGUUGUUGAAUCACUACUAAUGCAAAAGUGUGAGCCCCGUACCCAGGCAAAUGUGCUCUCCAAAGCUGCAGGGAAUUUCCUUCUUUUAUUUAGCUGAAAUGGAAGUGAAGUCAAAUUUAAUCAGAACUUCUCCAAUGACUCACUUGUAUUUUUAGAUUUGAGAAAACCCCUUGAAUUAAAUCACUUUCAUAUGGUCCUUUUUACCCAGAAUGCCAAAUCUGAAUUUUCCUUGAGCAGAGAUUGUUUGUUCUUUUUGCUUUAGUGUGUUGGUAUCUUUUCCACUGCCAUCACUUGAACUUAAUAAAGAAAUUGACUUUGAAUAUUUUGUGGGAUGAAUGACACCUGUCCAAACGUCUAUGUUAAUCUUUGAACAUUUAAACAAUUUGGCACAUACUUUAACAUCUUUUCAGCCUUUUGAUUGUUAGUGUUAUUAAUAUUUGUUUGUUGUAAGGCACUUGUUUAGCUCAGCGGUUAAAACCACAUAAAAAAUUGGUUUUAAAUGCAGCCAGGUUUAGUUUUGAGUCCAGCACUUCGAAUCAAAGGUGACCAAAAAAUGCAAUCACAAUGCAGUCCCAUUGGCCUGAUUUUAUGAAUUCUAAUUCGACUAUGGCAACAGAUUGGGACCAGCCUGUAGAGAGAGAGAGAGAGAGGUAGAGAGAUGUUAACGUUGAUUUCUAGAAAGAGUUGUGACCCAGCCGAGUAGGAAUUUUUAUUGCAAUCAUUAGCUCUUCACACUUGUCUGUUACACAUAAAGUAACCCGCUGUUUGCUUGUUUCACUCCUGUUUUCUUUAAGCAUGAGGCUGUUUAUUUAUUUUCAUUGUGUUGCACAGAAUUUCAGCACUUAGUAUUUUGAUAUAGAAAGUGAAAUUAUGAUCAGAAAUAGCCUCCCAAAUGCUGCAGCCUGCGUCCUUUCAAACUGAUACAUGAUGUACAUGAUGUACUGCAACUCACAUGAUGAUAACUAGCUCCAUCAUCAAUGUAGAUGCAUUAGAUAUAUAAAGACCCUCACUGAUGAAUCAACCCUCUCACUUUCAGGUGCUGUGUGGUGAGACUGAAGCAGUAGAUGCGGCAUGCUGAGGCCACUCCCCCAGGCCCAGAAUGAGUGUCAGAGAUGGCGCUGCCCCCAUGGCAACGAAUGCAGGUGGAGGAGGGGGGGGAGGUGGGCCAGCCAGCCCCAACGAUCACGAUGGCCGCUCGUACCUGCUCCAGAUCUACACACGGCUGGCUGCUCAAUCUACCACAUGCUGCAGCCUUAGGUGAGCCUAAUAGUAAUAACAGCAUUAGUGAUUUGUGCUGUGCAUAAUGUUUCUAAAGUCCUCGGUGGUUUUUGUGCAUUAAUCAAAACAACUUGUUCCCUGUAUGAACUCAUCAGGGUGCAGAAGGAUGCAACAGCAGCGUCUGUGAUCUCAGACGCUGCCUCGGCCCUGGGGCUGGACCCUGGUCGCAUGUAUGUGCUGGCAGAGGUGAAAGAGUGUGGUGGGGAAGAGUGGGUGCUAGAGGCAGGAGACCUUCCAGCUCAAAGGUUUCUGCUAUGGCCUCGCAAAGCCCAGGAGCAACACCCUCAGAGCCUCGGUUUUUACUUUCUUCUCCAGGUAGAGUCAAAAGUUCACUUUGUAGUCAGACCCUGUGGAUGGAUUAUUGUGAAAAGAUGCUCUUGAUGUUGCAUUGUGCUUCCUCUUUCUUGUUAUUUCCGGAGGAGGACAGAAACAAGCUGUGAAGAAGUAUAUGUGGAUGGAAGUAUUUUCUACCUGUUAAACCACAAAGCUCAAGUCAAAGCUUUUGCCAGACUUUCAUCUGUAAACUGCUAAACUAAUUUGACCUUAUAUCUCAUUUUCUUUUCCUCAUCCAGGAGAGGAAUCGUGAUGGCACAAUCCAUUACGUUCACCUCCCAUCUGUGUCCAAGGAGCAGGAGGCCCAGCGGUUAGCCGCCAGGGGCUUCCUUCCCCCUCCACAGGAUGACUUUGCAGAUCUCUGCAACCUUCCCGUCCUCAAUGAGGACAAUAUAUUAAACAACCUGCGCACACGCUUUCACAAGAAAAAGAUCUACACCUAUGCAGGCAGCAUCCUCAUCGCCAUCAACCCCUUCAAGUUCCUGCCCAUCUACAACCCCAAGUAUGUCAAGAUGUACGAGAACCACCAGCUCGGCAAACUGGAGCCUCACAUUUUUGCAAUCGCAGAUGUAGCAUACUACGCUAUGCUCAGGAAGAGGGUCAACCAGUGUAUUGUGAUCUCUGGGGAAAGUGGCUCAGGCAAAACCCAGAGUACCAACUUCCUGAUCCACUGUCUGACUGCACUGAGCCAGAAGGGCUACGCCAGCGGGGUGGAAAGGACCAUACUUGGAGCUGGGCCAGUCCUGGAGGUAGGAGGAUAACAUUUGACAGCUAGAUAAUUUGUUGUUGUUUGUUUUAGUUACUUGCAACUUAGAGUUUCUCCCAGCUAAGUUAUCUGCUCUGAUUAGAAAACCCUAAGCUGAAUGCUCGUGCAGAGAGUAGAAUACAAAAAUUAAAAAUACACACAGUAAAGUUGUUCAUGUUUCUAUUGAGCUUCUUUGUUGCAGAUUAGCUUCAAGCUUCUUGGGCGUCUCAGUCACGUGGGAAUCAUAUCCUUUUUCUUGGUCAAUGUGGAAUAAUGAUUCACACAUUCAUUUUCUGAGCUGGCCUCUGUAAGGUGUGCUCUUAUGCUCAUAUGAUUAAGUCAUAUCAAACAGUGACAGUGUUUCCUCAGAUGUGACUCAUCAUGUCGGCACAGCGCGCAACAGUACAUUCACACGAAGCCGAAGGAUGCACAAUAGAGAGAGAGAGUUACGAUCUGAUAUAGUUUUAUGGUACAGUAAGUGUCUGCAGCUCCCAAAUGAUGAAACUUUCCAUGAAAGUAUCGGAUCACAUGCAGCACUCAGCAAAUGUAUUUCCAGCCUGUGACUUUCAUGUGUGGGCUGAGCUAUAAAACCAUAUGGUAGUCUGAGUAAGACGUAAACAUAGGACAGUGUUUAACCAAGAAAGAAGAAAUGAAAAAGCAAAUGGGAACUUCCUCUGUUAACCCUUCAUGAGUUAAAUGAAGUUGUUAAAAGAUGCUGUUGUGUCGUUCAAAGAAAGGGGGGUUUGUUGUUUCCCCACAACUUUGUAAAAACUGUGUUUCUAGUUGUGCGUCAGACACAAAUACUAGCUGUGCAUAACUGAUUGUAUAACACCAUGGGGUGUUUUUUAACUGUGAAAAUAAGAACAAUAUGAUUUGCCUUCGCUGGUAUUUUUGUUGUUGUUUCAGUCAGGUGACUUCAGCCUUCUUCCUGCUUUCUGAUCUUUGAGAAAUGAUAUGCUUGUGCUGACUUGCUUUGUGCAACCACGAAGACAGCAUGAACUGAAACAACAGCCACAAUGACACAGCCAGACAUAAAGGAUUGUGGAGGUUAGAUUUGGACUGCGCGGCAGGGUACAUACCAAUAAGAAUGAAAUGCACAGUCUCCGUAGAUCCAGUUGGUUUGGCUGGAAACUGCCUCUCUAUCUAUCUGAGUAGUCUCAUUGAUAACAUUUAUCAAGCAGGCAGAGCCGACACUAUAGCAAACACACAUUUCUGUGUCUUCACACAGUUAUUUACGAUUACACAUGAAGCUUGAAGUGUUUCAGACUGAGUGUAAAUAGAACAAAGACAAGUUUGUGUCCAUAUCUUUGUUUAUCUCCUCAGCAGUUGUGACUUCAAUAUUUUCCUUUGCAGUCUGUGAUCAGAUUCUUACGGUUGUAUUCUUUGAAGGGUUUGCAUGAGGCUCUGUAUCCUUACAGACAUUUCGAGGCUUCUGUCUUUGAGGCCGCUCGGGUCGUCUCUUUGUUUCAGACAGCUAAAUAGAUGAAGGCAGUUCUUUGUGUUUUGAUGAUACAGAGGCCACAUAAACAGAUACAGACAAGCAGACAUUUGUUAGCUUUUAACAAAAAAGAUUGCGUCAUGAUAAGGUAGUUUAUUACAGCGCAUGAGUCUAAGCCCUGAGCUACGUGGCAAAGAAUAGAGUUGGUUUUAUUUUGUGUAUUUUUUUUUUCCCUGCAAUGAGAAACGGGAUUGACUCCACUUUCACAUAUGGAAGAAUUUACCUCUGGUCAGACCUUAUUACCGUGAAGAGUUGUUACUGUGAAGUUAUUUUUCAGCAUCCACAUCAUUACCACUCUCAAGUUCUUUUAUAUGCACUCAGUAAACUGCAAUUAAAAUGUGUUUCUCAACACUGUUAUACUGCCCUGUAGUUCUGGCUAAAGUAAAUGAAUUACAACGUUGUGUGUGUUCAUGUGUGCAGUGUGGACAGUGUGGCUUUGAAGUGCAGGGUCCUUGGCUCAAUUAUAUAGUGGCUUCUGCUUGUGACGUGUAUGUGAUUUGAAAUGUAAAGAAGAACAAGGCCUAGAAAAGGUAACAUGAUGUUCCACCUUAAGUUGUGGGGUAAAUAUAACAGGAUCUCUGGACUAGAUACCAUGUAGGCAAACAGCAGAAAUCUCAACAUGUGGUUUCUGUUUAAUAGCCCUGCUUAGUGUGGGGAAAUACACAUUUUUAUUCCUGAUCUGGGAGUUGAUCUGUUUCAUUACAUGGUAACAGAACUAAGAAUAGAAGUUUAAACAGAAAAGCUGUACGUAGAAUGUGGUUAAUUCAAGAUAGAGAAUAUGGCUGAAAGUGAAAAUCCCCUCAUCUGUUAAACUAAGGUCACUGAAACUCAGCACUGAGGAAUAUAAUCAAGCCAACCAAAGAGGAUUGCCCAAAGGCUGUUGGCCUGGGCCCUAAUGGCAGGAAAAGUGAGUGGGUGGCUACAGUCACUCGCAGCCACUUUGUAUCCAUCCAUCAUUUUUCAUGUCUCAGUCGUCUCCACUGCGCCCUCUGACGCAGUACUGAAGCCUCUCCUCACAAAACUGCUGCUGCUCUCGAGUCCAUCUGAAUAAAUGCAGUGUUGGUCCCUUGAUGUGUGUCAGUCUGUCAGAGUCUUUGGUUCCAGACGGCUGAUUGAAGGAUCAGGGGGUGCAGGGGGGGAUGGUGGGAUUUUUCCCCUCAGUCAGCAGAGUUCUGGUCCUUUUGGCAGAAACUCUGCCACUCUGCUUCUGAAUAUGAAAAUGCAGUUUGUACGUGUAUGUGAGUGUGUGUAUGUGUGUUAACCCAGUCCAGAGCUGUGGUUGUAAUGGUAGACUCGGGGGACAGGUUUGGCCCUCGUUGGCCUGUUCAGAGGAGAAAGAGGAGGUUUCGGUGCAUCUAUGACCAGUCUGUCGGUGAUCCCUGCUGUAGAACAGCUGUACUCCCUGUAUUUACCCCUGGCAGCGUCGUUGCAUCUAAAUAUGUGUGCUGCCCACUAAACUCCAAGCAAAAGCGAGGCAGCUGCUCAAUGUUUUUUCCUCGCUACGCAACUCUCCAAGUUUUGAGUUUAUGUUUAAAGAUUCUGUUUUGACUACCAGCCUCUGCAGAGCGCUCAUAAGAUGGCUGACAUGAAACAAAACUGACUUUACAGAGGAAGCAAUAACUCCUAGAAUUACGUCCCACAGAAGUCUUGUGACUCCUUUCAGACAAGUUCCAGUUCAGAUCACAUAAACAGAAUGAAAAUGCUAUUCUUAGAAGUUUAGAAGACAUUUUAUUUGUCCUUUUUUUAUUACUCAAAGCUGAUCGGAUUACACUGAUGGAAAAUGUAUGUGUGUCCUCAAGCUAUAGAGGAGGUCUUCAGGCCCAGGUUGUGCAUUUUGAGGAGAUGAGAUCAUCGUUUGUGGUGCUGGACUCUGCAUGUGUGCUGUGUUGCAGGCCUCAACCUGAAGCCAUGUGUCCUACUUUACUUCUUUGUACCACUUCCCUCUAUGUCUCCCCCCCUGCAUUCAAUCUCUUUUUGUCCUGAAAUACUGCAUGUACAGAAGGGAUUGUCCCCAACAAUCGCAACAGCAAAACCUACAGGGCCUCUACCCGCAGAACAGCUCACCCACCCUAAAUAAAGAUAUCGGCUCCAAACUGGUCAGACUAGUUAGUCCUCUGUGACGUGGCUCUUUUGGUGUUGUUUUGCUGCCAGGCUUUCCUCCUAAUAAUAGGGCCCCUCUUUGUUGGUUGGAGAGAGAUAACUGAACAUUGCAGUAUGCUUAAGUUUGGAUUAUAUUUCCUGCAGUGUUAUCUUCAUUGAGGUCGCUUUUAAAAACAGAAAUUCACAAGCUGAAAACUCUGUACACUGUCCACUUUAUAUUUCCUUUUUUUUUUCAGAAGGCAUUAGCAACUGUUGGGAAAUGCCUCUGGGAUACAAAUGGACAACCAACCACCUGCCAGCAAAUUGGACAUGAGCUGGCUGAUGGAAUUGGGGAUGCCAAAGUGUUGUAGUCUCAGGGAUGCCAGUUAGCUCGACCCCUUUGUUGAGAAAGCCACCAGAGAGCCGGAAUGGAAACUAGGCUGUAAACCUCUGCAGUUGGUGUCGACUCAACCACAUGAUUUAGCACAUUUAAAUCAAAUCCAGCCAAAGCACAGUGCUUGGUGUACGUGUACACUCUAUUUGGGAAAAAAAGGGCUUUCUAAUAGCAAAUUAAGGUCCUUAGUGUUGAGAUGGCUGUCUGUAGCAUGUAGCAUACUAUUCUGCUGGACUAUAGAUAGCAACAUACUGAGUCGGGUCAGUACCAGAUAAGCACAUUAAACUAUAAUCCAUAAAUGUAAGGUAACAACAGAGACCUAAUGGUGCUGUGACAGCAACGCGAUUGAGUUUGAGACAGUGAAAAUACAUAUGGUAUGUUGUAUCUGAACAGGUUAGCUUACGAGCUAAAGUUACUUAGCACAGAUGAAAGUUAAAACACAGACGUUUAGCAAACCGUUAAAGCACACAAACUAUCGUCUUGAGAGAUCCGACGCAAUGACUCCCCACAAGUUGUCCUUCAGGUCGUUAUCUUUGUAAUGUUUGUGUCUUUUAUCAAAAAGCACUCUGUUCUCCGCCACGUAAACAAUCAGCCAGUCGGCCAUGUUGGAUAUACUGGUGAAUCAGACGUCGCAACAACACGAAAUCUGAUUGGUCAGAAGUGGACUCACAGAAUGCAAAACUUUAAAAAAUCGACCGUGAUCCAAAAAAAUUAAUUCCGCAAUAUCGCAGAAUAGGAAAACGUCGCUGAUGUGAACGCUUGUAUUGACAGGAUACGGGUUUGAAAAAAAUAUUGACAUCCAAAAUAAUCGCACGUAAAAAACGGUCCUGGUGUGAAAGGACCUUUAAGCAUGUAAGAUUUUUUUGUUGUUUGUUAAUUUUACCCCUUAAAUAGUUUGUUUGAGCUUAAAUAAAACUUUUUGAAUCUUCCAGAGAUGUAGAUGGUCUCUAGCAGCACUAAAAAUGAUAAUCUAAGUAAUUAUCCUUUUAUCUCCCGUCCAGUCAACCUUUGAUUUAGGUUUGGAGGAGUUGAAAAAAAAACCUGACAGGAAGAUAAAUUAUUACUUCAAUUAAAAGACUAAUCUCAGUAAAAGUGCUCUUUAAGUCCCCAGCCUUUUUUAUACCCGUCAUCUCACUGCUUCAGACAGGAAGUUCCUAUCAUCCGGAACCCUUUUUAACAGGAAGCGGCUACGACACAGGAAUUAAUGGCAGAGGCUCCCUGCGCUGUUAGCACAGAGCCUUGAGGGGUGUGAAUCUACCAAAGUAACAACUGUAUUGUUGUUCAGGAAGUGCAGAGGAGUAGCUGGCCAUUCUCUCUGCUGAUCCAUUGUUUAUCUCUUAGUUAUGGGUAGCACCUCUUUAUUCCUCAGCUAUAUUUGGUCAAGCUGGGUGGCAUUGUUUUGAGUCUGGGAAAAGCUGGCAUUACUGAGUUUACGUUUCUGCGUCAUGCACACGUGUCAUGUAUCACACACACACACACAGUUUACAGAGGCCUUGCUAUAAUCAUACCAUUCAAAAUCACAUUGAAGAGCAGAACACGCUGUUCCUUACAGGCCAAACACAGCUUAUAUGCAGCAAAAUGCUACUGGCCAGCCGAUUCAGGAUGUAUUCAUGGUCUUCUGACCUCACCACAAGCACAGUUUGAUGUGGUACCCAUCCAGACAGGGGUGGAGUCGCUUGAAAUUGCUCCAAUCUGGUAAAACAGCGGGCCGCAAGACGAGCAAAUCCAUGACUUAAAGCUUUGGUAAUUUUUUCCUACAGCUAACCUUUGGCAUCUUAAUUACUUAUACCUCUUUAAUCUACCGGAGUUAUGACAAAUAUAUGUGUUGUUUUAAGAUUACAAUUAAAUAGCAUAAUCAGCAAACUUGUCACAAAAUUUGACUAAAAAUUAAGUUCUGAAUGAUGCACAGAAAUUUUCAGUCCAUGUUCCUUCAGCUCUGUUAUAAUCGUUCAGCUGUAUGUUUAACUCUGCGAUUUGAAAGCACUUACAAAAAUACAAAAUACAAAAAAAAAGUUACUUUUUCACUACUUAAAUCAGACAGCAUUUAGCUCCUUUAAAGAUACUUUUAAGAAAAUAUUUCCUUUGGGCAAACAAAAAAUUGGCUUUGAUUGCAGAUGCAUGCAGAUGCUUGUGCUGCAAAGAACAAUGCAGACAGUAAAGUGGAGCAAUGGUUGUGGCACUUGCUGAAAAUAAAAUUAUUAAGACGAAACAUCACAACCUUGCAAUAUCUAGUAAAACUUGUUUAUGUAUCAGGGGGUAUUUGUAUUUUCCUUUCCAUUGUUUUUAGAGCCAGUGGAUAAUUUUGAUGCUAUGAAUGCAUCUGUCAAAUAUGACAAAUAUGAAUUGAAUUAUAUCAGCAAAAACCAAAACAACACAAACACAAGUGACAGCUAAAUGUUCAGAUUUUUGUGUUAUCAUAUUUUUCAUUAACUCAUCCAUUUUAUGUUCAUAUAUUUUUAUUGUCUUUGGUACAAAGUAUAUUUUUAAACUUGCACCUGGGGUCAAUUUAGACUAACCAAGUAAUCUACCAAGCGUGUUUUGGGGCUUUGGGAACAGACUGGAGCUCCUAGGGAAAAGCCACAGAAUGCACCGGAAGAACAACAUGGUGGUUUUAGUUGGAUGUGGUCUCCUCCUGCUCCUCUGGGUGUAUCUUCAGGCAGGUGAAGCAGCAGACUCUUCUCCAAAAUGACUCCUCCUCUUCCUCCUCCUCCUUCCUCCCCUGUGGAGAGUUCACCUCUGGACUAUCCAUCUCUCCUCGCUCCAUCGUACAAUCAGCUCUUUCUUUACAAAACUUGGCCUCGGCUUUUUUUAUGUGGAGCUUAUAGGUCAAAUAUUCCACCUGAUCCCAGAGUUUACGAUUUUCACCUUUCUCUGACUUAAGAUGGGCAUUAAGAUUAGCUAUCCUCGCUUCCUGAUGGCAGCUUUGCUUCUUGGCCAUCUCCAGCUGAGUCUGAAGCUCCUUGAUCUGACUAAGCAGGACCUCUUUUUCUGAGCCACUGAAGAUUUCUGAGGUAUCUGUGAUCUGCAGACUGGCCUCUGAUGAUAGAUGACUUGUUGAAGUCAUGGCUGGAUGUAAGAGCUGAUAAUAGCUGUACCCACAGUAAUACGUCACCUGUGGAAAGGUGUGAGAUGAAAUGAGCUGGCUUCUACUUGUAAGCUUCGAUUUAAACCUGAUGAUACAAAACAAUUUAGACCUGGGACGAUCAUCAAUAAAUCAACUAAUCACAUGUGUAUUCAUUAAUUAAUACAAUAAAUACAGUUAAUGCGUGAUUACUUUUUUCGUCCCUCGCCUACACACAGGCUGGAUGACUAAAGGGUUUGGACUGUGCAUCAGUCUCAGCACAUGUGCGUGUUUGUUUGUGGAAUGAAUGGAGGGAACUCUCUUGUCAGUCAUCCAGUCUCUUUGCACAGAGUGCAGCUCAUGAAUCUCUUGAGAAGCAACUUAAGGUAACAUAGUAGAAAUUUGAUGGAAAAAAAGAUGAUUGCAAAUCCAAAUCCUAAAGCCCUGGUGUGGAGAUAUCUCGGCUUCAAACCGAAUGAGCAAGGUGAGCCCAUCCAGGGCUUGACAUUAACUUUUUUCAGAACAAGCACAUGUGCUCCUAAGUGGAAAAAGUAAGGAGCACUCAAAGAACUUGAGGGGCACAAUGAAAAUUGAUCAAAUAAUGUGCGUACUAUUGGUCGGCAUAAGUACUGUUAUUUGAAAUCAAUUUUAGGUCAGCUGGUCACUUGUAAUGGAAGCUAUUGAAGAAAAUGUUCAAAAUUUGGCUGUAAAUUUAACACAAAAAUUUUAAGAGGACAAAUUAGGGAAAUAAAGAGGUGUGUCUUAUCGUCCGACCUUAGUACAAUUGUUUGAAAUCAAUUUUAGGUCAGUCAAUUUCAUGGAAGCUAUUGAAGGGAAACCGUCCUUUUUGAGAACAUCAACCGGUAAUUUAUUGACGGUCCCUUAUUCAAACAACUGACGUUGACAGCGAGGGUGCCAAGUAGAUCUAACUGUGCGGCUGUUGCUACUCCAGGUUAUAGAGUGAGAAGACACCGGUAGGUCAGCAGUGCAUGUACGUCGAAUAUCCAACCUAAAACAAACUCGUUGCAUUAUUUACAUGAAAAAACUUAUGUUGCCUUGGCUGUUUUUUUUAUGCGCAUAUGUGCCCGUAAAUACAUUUUACAAGUCGUACACAUCUAUUUUUAGUCACAAAUGCGAGUGAAACGGUCGCACUGUCGAGCCCUGCCAUCAACACAUACAAGCCAGUACGCUGAAUUUGUUCAAAAGCUGUCACACUACAAAAAAAAGGAAACACAACACACUUGCAUGCUCACCUGAAACUUUCCAAGUCUGUAUCGUAGUCUGUAUCGUAGCAACAUAGAAUCACGUGUAAAUAUUGUUAUGAUAUGACUAGUUUGAAACAUAAUAUGGUCGCAGGGCAACUGUCAACUGUUCAAUAUCUGGACAACACAAUUUCUCUCUUAAGUGAAGAGAGUUACACCAUCUCAGGUUCACAGAUAAAGCCAGACCCCGUCCUUUAUUCUUGCCGCUAGCUUUAGCAUCUCUGUCCGACCAUGAGAUUGGUCGGACAUAUGAGAGAUAUGAGAUUGAAUCCAGGUAGAUCCACACUGGAGUCUGAGUUGACGGUGUAUGACAGUGUAUGCUGUAUAACCAUUGUUCACAGAUAUGUAGACAUUAUACCUUAGAGGGUUUAUUUUAAGGCUGUCAAAGUUAGCGCGUUAUUGUCGCGUUAACUCGAGUGACUUUUAUCGCCACUAAUUUUUUUGACGCACGAUUAACGCAAGCCUUAGCCUGGCUUGACCAAACUAUACACACACUGCGUGGAUAUUCUUGCCGUUGUAGAGGAACAGUUGGUGAGGUGUCCAGGCUAUGUGAGCCUCGGGGCACUCCGUAGUUUCGCGAAUCAGGAAGUAUUGCAUUGACUGAUUAGCCGAUUAGCAUUGUGCAGGACGUUGGUCUGCAAAAUCAUACAAAUCGCAUCCACGAAAAUCCACGAUCUGUUCUCGUGUUGAUUCUCAUGUUGACAUAAGUAUUACAAUUUGAAAAAGAUCGAUUUAGAAUGGAUCAAAAAUAUGCGAUCAAUUUGCGAUUAAUCAUGAUUUAUUAUGAUCAAAAUUCGAUUAAUCGCGAUUAAAUAUUUUAAUCGAUUGACAGCCCUAGUUUAUUUAUUUAUUUAUUUUAUUAUUUUUGUACCUGUCCUACUUUUGUGCUGUUUUGACCCUGGCAUUAGUUCACUUUUUAUCCCUCUAUCAUUGUAGCAGGGAUUCACAGCCUGCCUCUGUCAUUAGGACUACCCAAUAGGACAAUCACACUUUUUCAGAUGUAUUUUGGGGAAAAUAACCCAGCCUUAUAUUAGGGUAAGUGGAAUACUGUCAAGCUUUAAAAUAAUGUGUUAUUCCUCCCCUCUACAGCUGGGAACAAUGCAGCAUUUAGCUGAAAGUACGUCAAAGUGUCCGAUUUGCUUCCCAGCCUUUGCUAAUAAUUACAAUCAUCUUUUAGUAUCACCCACAGCAUACUGAAGCAAUUAGGGUUUUUUUCUCUCCUAACCACUACUACAAUCACUUUCUUUCCACAGCGCUGCUGUCUAACACAAGUAAAUAGGUUUUCCACUGUGUCUGAUUUACUGCUGUAUAGCUGCAUUUGAUAACAGGCCUAAUUAUUCACAUCCAGGUUAAAUUGAGUCUCAGGAUUUUUCAUUAUUUAGUGUUGUCUUUGUGUAAAUUCAUAAAUCAUUCUUGGCUUCAGCAAACCAUUGUCGGUGAUAUCAUUGGGUUGGUAACAACAGUUUGAAAAAUGUUAGUAUUAAUAAGUCCAUUAUAAUUCUAUCUCACCCAAAGAUUUCCUGUCUCCAAUGAUUUUUAAGUGAAAUUAGAAGAUUACACAUUUGUAGCAUUAGACUGAGCAAACUUUUGAUUGCUUUAGGAAACCUAUUUUUGAUCAGAAUGAUUUACGCCUCAAUUCUUUAAGCCCUGAAAUCCUAACAUAAAAAUAAUUAAAGGUAUAAAGGGGUCGUUCUGCUCCUAGACUAUUCAAAUGAACUGUCAUGUGGUUGAAGUCAAGGAGUACAGACUUUGGCAUGUUAUUUACUUUUGACCUUCAUGCAGUAAAUUCAUGAUAGACUUAGACUAGCAGCAGCCCCUGUGAGCCCUGUUGACGCCAUUAUUGUGCCUCUUAGAAUCAAUCCUUUGUUAACCGCUGAGUAAAGCUGGAGGGGUUAAGUGUAGUUGGUGGGAGUGGUGCUGAGAAGCAAGGCAUGGAGGAUGAACUGUGUGAACAUAUGUGUUCACUGUCACUCUCUUUCACAUUCAGAAUCAAACUGUGAUUUGUCCCAUCAUCGCAGCCAUCUGUAUUUGUAGCUGAGCGUCAGGAACAUUAUUUAUGUGGUUGUGGAAAUAAACCAGUUGAUAGGUUGUUGUAGAAGUUUGAUGUUUGUAGCAGGAAUGCACGAUGUUGCCUCUCGAAGAAUGUGGGAACUGUCUUUGUGGCAGUUGGACUAUUUAGAGCCCUUUUGUGAGUGUAACCAUGCUGUAGUGAGGUGUCAGUGUCAGGGUCUUGGCAGUGCCUGUGGAAACGUUUAACUGAAGCUCCUUUGAGCAGUUUGGUCUGUAGAGGAUGCAGUAGUGCAUUAGAGUCAUAGCAGUAAGAGCCCAUAUCCAAGCUCUGGUUGUGAGUUUUUUGUAACUGAUAAACUCUCAUCUCAUUUUUUCAUCAGCUAUUAGUGUUAGGCAAUAUUACUGCAAAAUAGUACUGUAAACUGUGACUAACUCAAGCUUGUUUGCAAAGACUGAGUAAAGUAUAUAAUCUGUCAGACCAAAGAAAGUUGUUUAUGAGACGUCGCAAGCAAGAUAGUCCCCAUGAACGUUUAAUCAUUUCACUUCUCUGAUUUCAGAGUUGAUGCAACCUUACAAUUUAAAGUCUUUGUGAGUGUAUAUGAUUUCUACUGUCUUGGCUCCGCCCCUCUGCUUGUCAGGACAAACAGCUCAUAAAAUACACAGGUUUAGGGACACUCCCCUUUAUGGUUUGUAAGGAGAAGUUGUCAUGUGUUUUCUUUUCAUGAGUGUGUAUGUAUCAGAGGGCUGAAUGAGGAUGUGAGUUCUGAGACUUGUAGGUCUGGCUCUGUUUAAAUAGAAAUGUACAGGGGGAGGGGGCCUUCAGAGAAUCCCGCUCACCACAUAGAGGAAUCAGUUUAGACAGCGUCAUAUGUCAUGAACUGAUUGCUAGAUAAGCGUACCCUCAACAUGCAGGUAGCUGUCGCCCCCUGCUCUCUGUGCCUCUUCCUUUCUCUCUUUCUCUUUUCUCAGUCUCCCUUCUUUGCUAUUCCUCCACAAACUCCAAGAGAGGAACCCCAAGUUGGUAUGAAUGCAGAUUAGAAAAAAAACGUGAUUUGGCAAACUUCCCCAUACCUGCUGAGCCAUCCAGCCAAUCAGAUUGUCUGCUCAUGGGCAAGUUCGAAUACGAAAGAUGCUGUGACAUGUUUAGCAUUCCCCCCAUGGUGCAGUGGCCUGGGCUUUGAGGAGAUUUCCCAAGGUUUUGUGCUCUCAUCUACGAGGUUUAUGUAGUGAGGUGGAUCAGAACAGCACUGGGCCCAAAGACCAGCAGUGACACAAGGAGAAAGUUCUGAGUAUCAGCUCCCAAACGCACCGCACUCACUGACCCUUGAACCUUGAAGAUAAGUCAUAUUGAUUAAAAAAUAUUAAAAAUCAACAGAGUGAUACAUUUGAUUCCUGGUACAAACAAAACUUUUGAGCUUAAAGUUGAAAAAGUUCAGGGAGUGAGUGAGCUGGAGUCUUGUCAGAGCAAGUCCAGGUUUUGAUGAAAAUGGAUGAUCCUGGUCACGGAUAAGCAGCAACUGAACAUCUCUUUUGUUGUUGUUGUUUGCAAGCAGCACACACACGUACUCUCUCUCUUUCUCUCUCUCUCUAAACUAUUCAUAAAUCACAGUUGGCCUCAAAAGCUUUUUAGGAAGAUGCAAAGUGGCACCAGAUUUACUAGUCAGUGAAACAAGUUCUUUAUGUUUUCAAUGUUGCAUCUAAGCUGUAGCCCAGCCACCAGCUGCUAGUUACGGCUGUAGAUCAUAUAGUGAAUUGUUACUGCUCAUGCCCUACUGCCGUUAGAAUGAGAGUUAUUAGCAUUAUGGAUUAUAAAAGUAAAUCUAGGAUCGUUGCACUGCUGUCUACAUAUUAUUACAGUUGGACUGUGUGAAUUAAAAUCAUGCUUGAAUGUGGUGAAUGAAUCGUUUCACCCCUAAUGUUGGAUGUGUCUGGUUACACUGGAAACCACUUGAUCAGAGCAAUGCUUAAGCAGUGUAGACAUACAGACAGGAGAGACACAAGGCCAGUGGUGCUAGCUCUGCUAACCUUAGCCACACAAUAUUUAUGCUGUAACUCUGUAUUUAGCUGUAUUAAGUAAAUUGCUGUUGGUUUCAGUUGAAAUUUCAGUUUGAAGGAUUAGGAAAUAAGCAGCUUCAGAAAAUCUCUAGUGCAAAAUUAUAUCUCCAAAAUCACUACGGAGUAUUAGGGUCACAUUAAGAAAAAAAAAAAGUAAGACUUCGUAAUUACCUAUGAGAAUAAAGUUGUAAUAAAAUCAUUACUUAAGAGAAUAAAGUCAUCAUAAAGUAAUUACUUACGAGAAUAAAGUCAUAUUAUAAUUAUUACUUGGGAGAAUAAAGUCGUAGCUAAUAGCUAUUCUAACCUGUUGUUCGUUGUUUAAAUGAGCGCUGUGAAGCAUAUGGAUGAAUUGAUCUUCAGUAGCUAAAGGUUUCACAAACAAAGAGAUAAAUCCUUUGGCACUUCAGCAUCACAUUGUCAUAAGUAUCAGGACAUAUGCAAGAAAUACAUCUUUUCCGCAGAAAGAACCAGGCGGACUUGUAGGGAAUCGCUGUUUUUGAGGAGGGGGAAAUGGCUGUGCAGAGGUUAAAUCCCUCAAUGCAGCCGUUUAUAGCAAUAGCAUAUGGCUUUAGUUUGUCAUAUGAAUCUAUUUGCCAUAAGGUGUUGGUGCCUCUGCAGAUGUAGGUUGCGCCCGGUGUUGUGCCGGCAUCAGAGACAGAGGUGAUGCUCAUCGGAGCUCGACUCCCUCUGAAUCGCAGAUGUUGAUCAUCAGUUCGAUUAUUUCUUGAGAAACCAAAAAAGCCCUCUGAAUGACCCACUGAUGCACCCACAGAAAACUCUGCAGUUGACCAGUUCAGCCUUUUCCUCCUCCACAAAAGCAGCUUUAAGACUUCAUUUACUUUAGGACUUCAUUCUCGUAAGUCGUUAUUUUACUGCGACGUAAUUAUAAAGUCUAAAAAAUUUUCUUUUCUAAAUGUGGCCCUAAUACUCUGUCGCACCAAAAAAAAAAGUGCAAUGAGGUUUUAAAAAAGGGACAAUAUGAGAUUGGUAGGUCCACUUAAGCAGUAGAAAUUUAGGUCAGCGUUUCAUACGAAGGAAUCCCAAUCAGAUCCUUUGUGUGUGUGUUUGUUUGUGUGAGCCCUAACUCGAAUCAGCCCCACCACCACUGUAUCAAAUUCACCCUGCAACUGCUUUAGAAGAUACAAUGUGGGUCCUAUUUAGCAUGCACUGAGUCAACUUCCCCUGCGGUAGCCUUUUGUCGAAUGUAUGUGUGUGUUUGUGUGUUUGCCUGUGUGUGUCAGUAACCAUGUGAGUAUGUGCAUCAUGAAGGGGAAAAAAAGAAUGCUAUUCUAUGACCGUACUGAUGCAAUAAACAGGGCCUCUCAGGGAAGAAUUGGUGGCUUAGUUAGCAUUAGCCUUAAGCCUGGAGAGAAGCUCCGCUCCCCUCUCUGGUUCUGUUUCGAGGUUGCUGCGCAGAACGUCUGUCUGAACCUCAUUUAUCAUCACUGACCUUUGCCAUCGCUCUCUCUUUCUCUCUCUCUCUCUCUCUCUCUCUCUCUCUCUCUCUCUCUCUCUCUCUCUUACUCCCUUAUAGACUAACAGAAAAAAUUGAAAGAAAGGGUCUUGAGGCAGGAAAGAAAAGAAAAAAAACAAAAUGAGAAGAGUGAUAGGAGGGCAAGAGGGGCCAACAAGCUGCAAAUGCCCCCCCCCACCACCACCACGAUACACAAGCACAUGCGCACAAACACACACACUUGGACCUGCCCCUUUCUGUGCUCUCAUACUACAGUUUGAAAACAACAAUGAAGCCCUGCAGUAUCUUGUUUCUGUGUCGUCGUGUUGAUUUGACGUUGUUUUUAUUGACUUCGGUUAAAUUGUUAACAGAUGAGUUGACUUAUAAGGUGAACUUCCAGACCGUGUUGCGUUCACAAGCACUUCCAUGUAAGGGUUGAAACUGAUCAGCGGCUUAGGCUGAGUUUCAGAAGUUCAACAACAACAACCAAGAGGUUAUUUUAACAUUUGAGGGCUCCUAAAUUAUACUUUACUAGAUUGUCUGGUGUUGUCCUUGACAGUCGAGACUUGAAAUCUUAAGUUUGCGUUCCACUUUGAUAUUUUUUGUUUGAUUCGUUAAUGUCCUUUGUGUUUUUUAACUACAUCGACUUACUCUCUGUUUCUGUCCUCUUCUUUUGUUGUCUCUGUCAGGCCUUCGGAAAUGCCAAGACAGCCCACAACAACAACUCCAGCCGCUUCGGUAAAUUCAUCCAGGUGAAUUACCUGGAGAGUGGAGUGGUCCGGGGGUGAGUAACAGUAUGACUCUGAUCCCAGAUGCUGUAAUCUGCAGCACAAGAGUUUUGAGGACGUUUAAAUUGACCGUUUGAUCAGAUUAUCUGUGUGUUCGUCAUGUACCCUGUCUUCCUGCUCCUCUUUCUCUCUAUAGCCAUUGUCUUCCUCUUUACUUCUUAAUAAGACGUCAUGUGGCUCUUUUUGUGUGCAUUGUGUGCGUCUGUGUGUGUUUGUGUAGUCUGAAACUUUCAACCACCAGCACGUCCUUCCUUUUUUCUCAGCAGUCAGAUUCUGGUCAGCUGUGCUACUUCCUCAUUUCCUCUUGAGGAGAGGGAAACGGCUGCUGAAAGAAAACCUGUUGCGCUCUAAUUGUGGUAGAUUUAUAGGUGACAGGCAGCUAGAAAUUCGAACUAACAGCAACCAACAGCAAGAGAAAUUACUGUUGUUGUAAAUGCACAAUUGCAAUCAUAAAAAAAGUUGAUUUGAAACAUGUUAAAGCCUGUGGCGACAGCUGCUCGACUCCACGGUAAGUGAGCACCCCCAACCUGAUUAUCCUCUAAUGGCACCAGGUCUCAUCAUGCUUUAUUGAAUUUCUUACCAAGGGAAGGGUCUGUAAUCCAAUCAGGAGAGGUAAUUUCAGCUGGCUUGUACUUUUCUGGUCUAUGAAGUCAACCAUCCUAACCAAGAACACACUCUAAACCAUGAAUGAAGGCGAACAAACUGCAUCUUUUUUAUUUCAUACCCCCUACUUGCCAGUGUAGUGCCGCAUCAUUGCUGGAUACAGAGUGGCCACGCCAACUCUGCUGUGCAGAACUCACAAAGGCUGUCUGUCUAUCUCUCCAUCUCCAGUGGCAGCCAUUCAGACAGUCAAUAGAGGAGAUUAACAAAGGAAAGGCUGCUGUUCCACUCUGCUCUGCUUUCUGACAGACAGGAUAUUUUUAUUCUCCCCUCCUCUCUCUCUCACUCACUCACUCGCUCUCUUUCUCUCUCUUGGUCUCUGGCUAAUCCCUCUUCUCUGGGAUCUGAGUGAGAUGUGUGAAACAAUGCAAAGGAACACCCACCCUUUAGAAGAGCUGUUAAAAGACAGUGGUGUGUGUCAGUGAAAUAUGUCUGUACAUGAACACGUGUUGUAUUCAAGCUCCCGACUGCACGUGUCGAGCGUUCUCUCACUCUCGUAAAAACGUUGACAGAUAAAUGACUACUGUGUACGUUUUUCUUUUGAGCAGAUAUUAACAAACAAGAAGACAGUCUAGCUUUUGGCACUUGUAUUUAAUGUCCUGUGAUGGCUCUUUUGAUGAAUGCAUCAUUUGCUUAUCUAGUUUAAAGGCUUCUGAUACUGACCGGUACUUGAAAAGCACCUGAUUCAUCUUCACUAGACACAUUAUCGAGGAGUUUGGAAAUUUUCAAGUCUUAAACUUGGCCAUAGAGGGUCAUAACACCUGUAUGUCAGUAUUUUAUUUUAUUUUUUUUUAAAACCAUGAAUGAAGUAGAUGCCAGAAAUCACAUCCUAUCAUACUGUUUCAUAUCAUAUUGUAUCAUGUCAUAACAUAAGGUGUUUUAGCGUGCUGUGUCCCAUUACAUGGUAUUGUAUCACACCAAAUCCAUGCACAAAGCUAAACAGUAUUCACAAGUGCCAUUAUAACAUUAUUAUUCCAGUAUUCGCAACGCCCCAUUAGAGACAUCUACCAGGAAUCAUGUCAACAAUAAGUGAUAAUAUUUCUGUUGUGAAUCGGCUGCUCAGGUCAGUGUUAGUAAAAAUGAGAAAAUGCAUUGAAACUCACUGUCAGCAGGUCUUUAAAGAAGAAGUUUAAACUUGGUAUCAUUUGAUCUACACUUAACUUGGACUCUACCUUCUAGCAGAUGGAGGCAGCUGUGUUUCUCACAGAACAGCUCUAUUCUUAGUGUGUCAUGAAGACUGGCGUCAGUGUUGUUUUGCCUGGCUUUAAAAAAAGAAAAACACUUCUGACUUAUAAAAUCUGAUUUGGACGACUUUAUGGUCUUGGCCUGUUGUAUUCGGGUAAAUACCACUGCUUUUAAAAGUGCAUAUCUCAUGACUGCAGCGGUCUGAAAGCGUGCCUUUACUUCUGUGGCGGCUUUCUAGUCUCCUGUGUCAGACUGUUACAUACUAUAGGACUGAACAAAUGGAUGCAAAAGUGGACUAGUUGUGUGUGUGUUGUAAUGCUCUGAAAGCCUUGGUCACUCUUUGAUUGUUCCAACCAUCUGCCCUCACUUCCCCUCCUACUCCUCCCCUCAUUUUUUAUUACCAGCCCACUUUCACAUAUGACUUGAACACACACACACACACAGAGCAGAGUGACCUUUGGUGUUAAGUGAUUCCUCCUCAUUGUUUUUCUUCUUCCCCUUUUUUCUUCUCCUCCUCCUCCUCCUUCCCCCUCUCUGCCUUUCAGGGCCGUGGUGGAGAAGUAUCUUCUAGAGAAGUCUCGUCUGGUCUCCAGAGAGAAGAACGAGAGGUAAUGGGGGACAGAAGGGGUCCCGACCUUUAACCCUAAAUGACCUCCAUGGGGGCCCUUUGUGCAAAUAUGGAAGGCCUCUGAUGAAGUUCAGCUAAGAGCUUCAACCACAGGCCUUUCACUUCAGAUGUUCCUCUACCUUUACUCGUACUCACCCAGGAACACACAUUUAACCUUGAAGUGAGACAUGCAGACCGCGAUAUUAGACGUGUAAUACAUGAUUGUACACAGGUGUUAAAUCCGUUAUUACACAGUAUGUAUGUUCCUGUGAUGGAUGAGAUCAGCGCUGUUGGGUUUCCUCAUUUUAAUGUGACCUUCAGUCACUCCUGUUUAUGUAAGAUAAGAGUUAACUGCUGCUGCUUUACAUACAAAGAAGAAGAAAAAAAUCACUUUCCUAUCUCUCAGUUUGGAGAGCAGCAGUCACACUCGCCAUGUCACCGCGUCGAGUUCCCCUUCUUCGUACAAGCAGUUGUUGCUCACUGUGAUGUUCACCACUCUCUAGACUAACAGUAGCCUGCUGCUGGUUGUGCGAUUAAUAUGAGAUAAGAGUGUUUGGGAAGUGAGCUAAUUAAUUUCAGCUCUUAAAUUUGAAGUUGUGUGAAACACUGAUUAAUUAGUCAAACUUUGUUUUGACUCAUUAUAAUUAAAGUCUAUGUUUGUAUUUGUUUCAUAACUUUAAUAUGAAUACUUUUCUACAGACUGAGGCCGUAGGGUGGUAAUCAUUUUGACGUUGUUAUCAUCGAAAGACUUUUCUAUUUACACUUACCAUGUUUCCAUUUGAGACAUUUUAGAUGCGUUUGCACAGAAGCUCUCAUGGGUGUUGGUCUGUAAACCACAGUCUUCCACUGAGCCACUCAGCUGAAACAUUUUCUGCUUUGAUGAGAAGAAAAAAAAAAAAAAAAAGCUGAAGCUGUUGUGAGUUGUCAUUCACGUUUCUCAUUCAUAGAUUUUUCCAGCUCGCUUUGGAAAGCGUAGUCUCCUCCCGCCUCUGUAACCUCCAGGCUCCUAGCAGCCUACAUGGCGUACUGUCGGUUACCCGGCCUACACUCUCUGUUGACAGAAUAUCUCGCCUGUCUAGUCAGGGAGUGAGCCUACAGUAUGAUGUCAUGUUUCCUAGUGAUAAGUGUGGAAACUCAUUACUCCCAUGGGCUUUCUAAACAUAGUACAGUCACUUAUCUGCCUACCUGCCCACUGAUAGUACAUGAUAUUAUUAACAACAUCAAGCUCCUGAAAUUGCCAUCUGUCUAUUAGCUUUUUACAAUAUGUUGACUCUUGUUUUAUUAUUGAAACCCUGCUUAUUUGUGACCUUAAACAUGGAGCUCAUAUCCACUGAUGUGUGUUCACUAGGAUAACAAAACAAACAAAUAAGAUAUGCACAUAGGAAUAAGUCAACUAAUUGAAGAGCAUUUAGAUAAAGUGUCCUGCUGUAAUAACCGGUUGUGGGUACAGUUGUGUUGGCCUAAGGAGCAAGUUUUGCUUUACUUGGCGUUUUUGUUUUAACAGGAACUACCAUGUGUUUUAUUACCUGUUGUUGGGAGCUUCAGAAGAGGAGAGGAAGGAGUUCAAGUUGCUGCCCCCUGAAGAAUACUUCUACCUCAAGCAGGUAUGGUACCGCUCCUCGUCCCGAAUCCAACAGUUUAGAGUCUCAUCCCUACAGACACGAACAGCCACUUAAAUCUAACACUGUUACUCUCUGUGUGUGGACUCUGUAUUCAUGGAGACUGUCAAGCUUCUGAAUAAGCCGCUGAAUAAACUCCCAGCUUAAUGCUCACAUGUGUCCUGCAUUUCAAUGAAGCAGGCUUUGUUCUCCUUUUUCUUGCUCUUCAGUCUCCUUUUUUUUUUCUUUCUCUCGUUCCUCACCUGUUUGUUUUUCAAUUUUCCUUCCCUUAUACACGACUCUACUCUCUGGCUCUCUGUCCUUGUAGCAAAACUUUAAGAUUGAAGAUGAGGAAGAUCUACGUCAUGACUUUGAAAGGCUGCAGCAGGCAAUGGAGAUGGUUGGUUUCCUCCCCGCCACAAAGAAACAGUAAGUGAAUCAGUAAAAAAAAUAGUCGGUUUAUCAUGUGUAAUACAGGAAGGAAGUAAAUAGUUCUGUCAGACAUCCUAAAUAGAUUGUGUAACUGUAAAGCAUGUUCCCCCUUUAGUCCUGACAGCAUGUUAUUUUGGUCUCCAUAAAGCCCAAAAAACACAAUGGGCUAAUAUAUCUCAUGAACUAUUGUUGCAGUUUAUUAGAGACAGCAUGCAAUUGUAGUGCUAACAAUGCUGCUAUUCAUUUUUCUAAUUGAGCAUAAGACUUUUAAUUGUACCACACAUCAAAAGACUGUAUUGUUUUAUGCAGCUGUGUCAUUUUUUCAUUCAAUUUAUACUAUUUUUGCGACUGUGUUACAGGAUCUUCUCUGUGCUCUCGGCCAUCUUGUAUCUGGGCAACGUGACCUACAGGAGGAAGUCAACAGGCCGAGAUGAGGGAUUGGAUGUGGGACCGCCUGAUGUUCUCGCCACACUCUCUGACCUGUUAAAGGUACAUACACUCGGUGCUUUUUAAAGGACGCUUUAAGGGGUUUGUGAGUCUUCUUUGUGUGUCAGCUGUCAUUUGUGCUGGCUCCCUUUCAGGUUAAAGAGGAGCUGCUGGUCGAGGCUCUGACAAAGAGGAAAACAGUGACCGUCAAUGACAAGCUGAUCCUCCCCUAUAGCCACUCGGAGGUAGGAACCAAACAUGGAGGCAUGUCUGCAAUCCACAGUAACAACAGUAGUGCUCAAUGGCCCAGUUGUUACCCUCAACCAGACUUUAUGUGUUGUAAUACUAUCUUGUUCUAAAGCACGCUAUGAAAUUAGACUGAACUUGUGAAUGUAAUCUGAUUAAUUGAUCAAAAAUGUAUGCAUACUAUCCUCUUUCCUCCCUCAGGCUAUCACAGCCAGAGACUCCAUGGCCAAAUCUUUGUACAGCGCCUUGUUUGACUGGAUUGUUCUGCGCAUCAAUCACGCACUGCUUAACAAGAAAGAUAUGGAGGAACAUGUUCCAGUAAGAGACAAAUCACAUCGACACACAGAGGAACACAAAUACAAUCCAGCGUGUCUCUAAAUAAAUAUUGAACUCUCUUAUGGUAUUGUUAUCGUACGUUUCUCUUCCUACUCCUCACUGGUGUCACUUGUUGUUGAACCUCCAGUGCUUGUCCAUCGGUGUCCUGGACAUUUUUGGCUUCGAGGACUUCGAAACCAACAGUUUUGAGCAGUUCUGCAUCAACUAUGCAAAUGAGCAGCUUCAAUAUUAUUUCAACCACCACAUCUUCAAUCUGGAGCAGGUCAGUUGUCUUUUUUUUUUAAACAGCAGAAGACUUUCACCUCUUGGAUUAAAACUUUUAGAUAGCUUCUCUGACCUUUGUUUAUACGAAUGACUUCUUCAGCGGUGAGUCAUUCAAGCAUUUCCUGAUCUCCAAGAGGAGGAGAGGUUUCAUAAUGAUUUUGAAGUUUAUCUUAUCGUUCAGACUUCUGAGGAGAAACACCAGAAGAACAGCAAGGUUGGAUUUGAUGGAAAACAUUUGGGGAGUUUUUAGUCAAACUUCUUACAUUUUACUUUGUUUUUUUAUCAGUUAUGAACUUGCACUUUAGACCAGUGGAGUGAAUAACUCAGGUUGACAGAGAAACAGCAAUACAGCGUGAUCUAAAUUGACCUGCGUUCGAAUUAUUCAUCGAUACAUUUCUACGUCUUGCUCUUUCCAGGAGGAGUACCAAGCAGAGGGAAUCACCUGGCACAACAUCGACUACACCGACAAUGUUGGCUGUAUCCACCUCAUUAGCAAGAAACCAACCGGCCUGCUCUACCUGCUGGAUGAGGAGAGCAAGUAAGAAGAGCUACACAUAAUACGCAUUGUUUGUUUGAUUUAUGAUUUAUGUCUUGUGGCUGUGAGUGGGAUUAAAGGUUCUCUUAAGAAGAUGUCUAUCAAUCUGUGACACGUUAUCUUUCCUCAUUUUUCAUGCCUCCUGCUCUAUCUCUGUUCUUCAGCUUUCCCCAUGCAACAGAUGAGACAUUGUUGGCCAAAUUCAAGCAGCAGCACCAGGGGAACAAGUACUUUGUCCCCACACCGGUGAUGGAGCCUGCCUUUGUCAUUCGACACUUUGCUGGGAAGGUCAAAUACCAGAUCAAGGUGAGGACGGAUAGUUCUGAAGUGUUACUCGUACACCCUGGAAUAUUACCUGAUGUCUGUAAUGUUGUUGAUUUGUUUGUUCUUGCCAGGAUUUCCGGGAGAAAAACACAGACCACAUGCGUCCGGACAUUGUGGCGUUGUUGCGAAGCAGCGACCGGGCAUAUGUGCGCCAGCUCAUCGGCAUGGACCCGGUGGCCAUGUUUAGAUGGGGUAUCCUGCGUGCUACCAUCAGAGGCAUUGCUGCCUUUAAUGAAGCUGGUCGCACCUGGGCUGCCAAAACAUCUGGUAAGUCAUUAGAUGGCUGGUUUCAGCAUGUGCUAUGGUAAAAAAUAGUCAAGACUAAGAGUCUGAGCCUCACUUUUUUGUUGUUGGUGGCCUGUUAAAACGCUCGAAAAACAGUCAAAUAAAGAUUUACAGCCUCUUUUCUAGUCUUGAACGGUCAAAAGUGUUGUAGAGGAGGUGUUAAAAAGUAUAUUUUAAAGGCAGAUGGAUAACAGAUUUACUGAAAAAUAUUACACUUCCUUUGAGUAGAUUUAAAGCAGCAUCUUUUGCCACAGUGUCACAGCACUACAGUUUCUUUGUUUGACAAUCAGCCUUACAUGUCAGCAUGCAGGAAUAUGCCAAAACAUAAGGCUGGAGGAGAUUUUGAAUUUUUCCGUGCAGUUUUCAACCCUCCUCUAGGAUUAUUUCAUACUCUCAAGAUACAGCACACAGACGAAAGUGCCUUUCACUGUGGAAUAAUAGAACUAAAAAGCAAAAACAACAAAACUUCUGCAGUCAUGUGACUCUCUUAGCCUUUUUUUGCACUUGAAAGCCUGCUUGUGAUACUUUUCUGAACAUGUUCAUAGUGAUUAUUAAUUUGCUGUUUUGUUGUAUUUUCAUUGAAGGUGUUGUCCGUCCAAUCACAAGAACUCCUUUAGGGGAGCUUCAGCGACCCAACGCCCCAAUAGACCGAAUGUACAAGUAAGUCUCAAACAUGUUCCAGUGAGAAACCAUGAAGCAUGUUUCACUCGUGUUUGGACUGGUUGCCAUAGUGCCUGUAGAGAUUGAGGCAGAUCAUCAUUCUGUUAACUAUGUUACCAACCCUGCAGGAGACACGGACUGAUUAAUUUUCAUGCAAUCAAUAUAAUACGCAGCCCAUCUGCAGCUGCAGCCUUUCUUCCACGUAUUAAAUGCACAGCAGCAUACUUCCUGUUUGCUUCUGGGUGAAGGAAUGUUUUAAGAUUAAUGGGGAACUGUGGACUUCCACAGUUAUCCUGUGGUGCUGCGUGAGAUGAGGAAGGAGUAUGUGUAGCACCUAAACUGUAUUUAUCAGAGAUCUUAUGAUAUAUUUGACCUGAGAGACUGACAAAGACAAAGGUUGAGUCGGACCCGUACUCCCUCAGCUCAUCUCAUCACCCAUAUCCUCUCCACCUUUUGGUGACCCUGGUGUGUGCGGUUCUCUCCUCUCCCUUUCCCAUCCACAGACGAGCUUCUAUGCUCGAUUUCUACUUUGAUCACUCAGAGGAGCGCCCUCUAGAGGCCUUUGAAGACAUCUUUGCUAGCUAUGAGAGUAAGAAGUAAGUGAAUUUGGUCGAAGGAGAAAAGACAAAGGAGAAAGCAAUGAAGACAUGAGGCCAAGCAGGAAGGAAAUGUGGGUUUUUUAUGGUAACAGAUAUGAGUUUGCUCCAUUUUCUCAGUCUGCUUCUAAAUCUAGUUUUAAUGAAGAAGCUUUAGAGUUACACUUUAUUUGACGCCUGUCUCUAUAACGCAUUAUAAAUAUAUGUAAAAUGUUGUUAACAGUUAUAACACAUUAUAAUACCUGAUCUUGUAAGUCAUGAUAAAAUGCUUUAUAAUGUGUUAUGAUUAUUGCUAUAAAGCAUUGUGAUCUUUUAUGAGUGUUUAUAACUAUAGUUAUACAGUGCUAUAACGUGAUUAUAACACAUUAUACAUAUAUUUUUAAUGCGUUAUAGAGAGAGGCGUCAAAUAAAUUGUCACCGCUUUGGUUCAUCAACUCUUACAACAUCUGCUUCUUUAAAAAUGAAAGCAGCAGCUCGCAGUAGACACAGUUUAACACAGCAUGAGAGAUUUGCCCUUUACUUUGCUGAAAUCUCCAUGUUUUCUCUGUAGCUGCUAAAGUCUAUCACCAUUCUUAGGUUUAUUAUUCUUGCUAUAGAGCACAGGAAGGUGUUUGUACUGGCCUACUGUGAUUAGCCAGGAUUACUUACAUCAGCUGUAGAGCUUUGGGAGCACAUAUGUAUUCAUACAAGCACAGGGGCCUCAAGUUAAAUAGACAAAAGAAUUUGAAAAGCUUUUUUAAAGUGGAAACAAACCAUGGAGGAUAGUUUUGGAUUGUUUGGCCCUCUGAAUUUUUACACUGGAUCGGCUCAUGCCAUUUGGAUCUUAAAUCACUUGGCUGUUUUUUUUAACAGACCAUCAUGAGUUUAACCCACUAAAACAUGAUAUGGUCAUAAAAACAUCCAGAUGAGCAAACUCAAAGGUGUCCAAUUCACUGUGACUCGUAUACUUUAUGUGUCGCCUCUUCUUUCCUGCCUGGCCUCUGUUUUGAUGGUAAGUAUAGAAAAGAAAUGCAUGGGCCAGCCUUGGGACACAGGAACGUUACCAUAUUAACCUCACCGGACCCAGUGUACAGUGUUUCACUGGUCCAGAUUAAGGACCAUAAAUCCAACAGCCUCACCAGUAACAACUUACAGCCGCAAAAAAAAAAAAAACCAGCAUGGAAACAGGCAGCCAACCACACUGAACAUCAGCUCAGCUCUGCAUGUGUACUACCACAGCGACAAGACUACGGGCGUGAAUACAACCCGCGGUUUCUCCCUGUAUGUGUUUCUCUGUUCUGAAAAAGGUUACAGCAGCAUGGUUGGGUGGUCGAGUGUGUCUUGUGGUUUUCAUGUACAUAAAAAUGACAAGAAGAAGAGAGCAUUUUGUGGGUAUUUUUAUAGAUGAGCAGAGCAUGAAGUUCCUCUUGACAUCAGACCCCCAGCCAUCCUGCGGUGUGUGUGUGUGUGUGUAUGUGUGUGUGUCUUUGUUUUGGGUAACUGCGGUGGUUUGUUUUUCCUCCGAGGUAUCCUAACAGUGGUGUUCUAUCAAAUCCAACAUUACAACUUUUUUUUUCUUUCCUUCCUCCUUUUGUCGUUCCUUCCCAAAUCUUUCUCCCCCCCCUCUCCUCUGUGGCUCUUGGUACUUCCCUCCUCUUAACCCUCUCCUCGUUGGGCGUGUGUCUAUGGUGUGAUCAGAGACAUGCAUGCAGAAAUCAUCAGCUCCAUUAAGAACUUGCAGCUGGAUGGUGAGGACCCUCGCAAGCUGCUGCAGUCCUGGGGUCGCCUCCGCUUCCCUCGACACGUCCUUCAGUGAGUCUGCAGACAGACCCGGCAUCAGCUCUCCUCCGGAUCAGUGUAGAGUAGUGGGCUCAGGCAGAACAUGCUCAGAUUCAAUUCUUGAUAUUGAAGCAAAGAUAGUUCGACCCUGUGCAGCCCAUGAGCUGUUUUGAUCCAUUUUUCUUUACCCUCCUGUAAAUCAAAAGACGUGGCAUUUGCAGCUUUAUUUGUCGAUAACUUUCCUCUUAAAGGCUGAAUAUUAAAUACCUCAAGAACUGUUUUAUUACCUGCUGCAUGUUCACCAUUGGGGACUUUACCGGCAUGUUAGGUGCCUUACAGCAGCAUGCUAAAAAUUUACAGCACAUUCUCGACAUUGUCAGGGCUCUUUGUGUCGUAAAGAUAGCAAAGGAGCAUGUCUGUCUGAGUAUUGCGAGUCUCUGCUGGGCUGAUCAGUAGAGUUAUAUCCCAUCCUCUGUAGCAAACUCUCUCCUCCGCCUCUUCCUCCUCACUCAGUUAUGCCUCACCUCUUUUUGUCAGUCAUCCUGUCUUCUAGGUUCAACCCUUGAUUUCAUCACUGACUGACUGACAGCGCAUGAAGGAGUCAGCCAUCCGUACUAACCCGGCUUCACAUGCUCCAUCCACUACUUGUUCCAUCCUUGAGCCUAAAGGCUGUAACACUGCUUGAGUCCCUCUAUCUCACUCUGUCUUAUUUCUCCUCUUUGUGCAGGAAAAACAAGAACACCAAACAGAGGCAGGUGAUCCCCAAGGUAAAUCUGGGUUAGACUCUUCAUUUUACUGGUUUAGGGUUGAUGUGAUUUCAUUAGUUUGUCAUAAACUCAUCACAGUCAAAUGAACUCACUGUAUCACGGCUCUGCAGAGUUUGCUGGAUUCACGUUCUCUGAAGUUCAUCGUGAGUCUGACGCUGCACGAUCGCACCACCAAGUCUCUGCUCCACCUGCACAAGAAGAAGAAGCCCCCCAGCAUCAGUGCUCAGUUUCAGGUAACAUCACAACAACAACAGUCUGUUGUUCAUGUGUUUUUUUUCACUCUGUAUGGCUGCUACCUCGGCCAAGUUUCUCUUGCAAAAGAGAUUUCAAAUCUCAAUGGGACUUCCUUGUUAAAUAAAAAUAUAAAGACAAAAAAACAAGCCCUUCAUAUGACCCCUUUUUGUUUUUUACUCCAGACUUCUCUGACCAAACUCUUGGAGACUCUGAACAGGGCCGAGCCUUUCUUCAUCCGUUGUAUUCGCUCUAAUGCACAGAAGGUAAAACUUUUUGUAUAAACAGAGGUAAUUGUUGCAAAAUAAUCUGUUCUGUAAAAUAUGCACCCAGUAUGUAGACAUUUCUGUGUGGAAAUCUUUGGUCUAAACGGAUGGAGGCCAACUAAACACAACUUUUUUCCCUGUACACACUGAAUUCAUUUUGGUAACACUUUAUUUGAUGCCUAUCUCUGUAAUGCAUUAUAAAUACAUGUAUGAUGUGUUAUAAUCAUGUUAUAGCACUGUAUAACUACCAUUAUAAACACUCACAAAUGUUGAUAAUGCUUUAUAGCAAUAAUCAUAACACAUUCUUAAGUAUUUUAUCAUGAUUUACAAGGUCAGGUAUUAUAAUGUGUUAUAACUGUUAACAACUCACUGACAAUGCCCACAUAGAUAAUAUAAUGUAACUGUUGUUAACAGUUAUAACACAUUAUAAUACCUGACCCUGUAAGUCAUGAUAAAAUGCUUUAUAAUGCGUUAAGAUUAUAGCUAUAAAGCAUUAUGAUCAUUUAUGAGUGUUUAUAACUAUAGUUAUACAGUGCUAUAACGUGAUUAUAGCGCAUUAUAUAUACAUUUAUAAUGUGUUACAGAGAUAGGCGUCAAAUAAAGUGUCACCUUUAUUUUUUAUUGAACAGGGUCAAGAUUUGUUUUAUAAUGUUUAGUAGUAGUUGUAUAUUUGCCUUAUAAUUCCUGCAUUAAUCUGUCAUGGAUAUCUAAAUGGUAAGAGCAUUACUGAUGAUGCCUCUUGUGUCCUUGUGUAUGAGCAGAAGGAGAUGUAUCUUGAUGAAGCCUUGGUGGUUCAGCAGCUGAGAUACACAGGAAUGCUGGAAACUGUCCGAAUCAGGAGGUCUGGCUAUGGAGCCAAGUACACAUUCCAGGUAAAGUUACCGCAGGUGCCAAGACCACACACAGUCACACCAGGCACCGAAGAGCUGUACAUUUGAUGUUGGAAAGAGGUGUAUUGACCGGUGUCCAACACUGUUACUCAUACAAAUGUAAUAGUGUCAAAUCUAAUCAACAUUAGGCUUUAGGUUCUUUACCAUCUCUUGAGAAGUCUUCUAAUUUAAAACACCUUUGUUGUUUUUGUCGCUUCUUCAGGAGUUCGUCGAGCAUUUCAGGGUUUUGCUGCCUAAGAAUGCAACUGCUUCUAAAGAGGACAUCUCAGCACUGCUUGAUAAAAAGAUGGGCCUGGACCCCACCACGUACCAGAUAGGCAAAACAAAGGUAGACCUUCCUCACGACUCUUUGAGUUCGAUUCUUCUUUUCCUGUCCUCUGCUGUCCCUUUAAAAUCUGACGUGUUGUCCCCGUUCAGGUCUUCCUGAAGGAGCUGGAGCGACAGCAGCUGCAGGACACGCUGCACAAGGAUGUAAUGCGCAAGAUCAUUUACCUUCAGCGCUGGUUCAGAGCUCGCCUGCAGAGGAAAGAGUUUCUGGACAUGAGACAGGCAGCCAUCUUGAUUCAGGUAAAUGCAACAAUUGUCGGGACCUUAGAAAACGGUCCUAAAGUAACAUUCAGGUGUGUAAUUUCCUCUCCGGUUUCCUCAGCGUUCAUGGCGCAGGUACUGCAAAAGGGAGAAGAGACGACAGGCAGCUACUCUGAUCCAGGCCGUGUGGAGGGGACACAGACAGCGAACAGAGUUCAGCCUCCAAAAACAGGGUGCUACCAAAAUACAAGCCCUGGUCAGAGGACACUCGGCAAGAAGAAGGUCAGUACUCAGAUGUCAUCAAAAACGAAUCCACUGACAAGCAGUGCUCUGAGAACCUGAUCUAUUGUUUUAUUCUAAAUGUUUCCCAGGUGCCAAUCUUUACGGGAGGAUAAACGCAGAAAGGAAGAAGAGGAAAAAGAAGCCCGGGAAAGAGCAGAAGAAGAGGAAAGAAGGAGGAGAGAAGAAGAAGAGGAGGCCAGGAGAAAAGCAGAGGAGGAGGAGGAGGAGGAGGAAAGAAGGAGGAGGGAGGAAGAGGCAAUAAGAAUGGCAGAAGAAGAGGAGGCAAACAGGAGAGCUGAAGAGGAAGAGGCUGCCAGGAAAGGCCCAGAAGCACAGAAAAAGAGAGAGGAAGCAGAGGACCGACCAGCAAGGGAGCCUCGAACACGAGAGGAUACGGAUAUAGAGCUGGUCACAGAAGAGAUGCUGGAUGAGAACCUUCCUGUCCAGGAGACAGAGGAGAAGAGAAAGGAGGACAGCGUUAACACGAGUUCACACACAGAUGAGGAACAGAGCAAAGAGGAGGAGCUGGAGGAUAAGGAAUUACAUUUGAAGACUAACGGUACUCUGGCCGAGGCUGGACCUCAGCCAGACAAGACAGAGAAAGACGAGGAUUUGAGGACUGAAACACUAGAAGAGUCACAACAAGCUCUUCCCUCUGAUGUGGGCACCUCUGAUGCACUUACACUCACAUCCCCAGGUGAAGAGUCAAAUAAAGCACCUUCCAGCAAUACCUCCACAUCCUCCAGUGCUGAACAAAAGGAAGGACGGCCUCAACUUGUCAACAGGAGCAGCUCCUCCAGGAGUCAGGAGAAGAGAGAGCAGAGGAGACGGAGAGGACUGGAGCACAACCAGCGAGAAACAGAACGAGCAUCCUCCUCCACGGCCGGCACCAAGGACCAAACCUCCCAGCCCAAGAGCAAAAAUCAAGAACCCUCCAAGCUGAAAGAGCGGGCAGACAGCAAAGAGCUGGACCAGUACACGUUUGUAGCCUGGAAGAUGAAAGAGGACAAGGCAGAGAAGAAGAAGGAGACAAAAGCUUCCUCUGCUCCGGUUCGUCCUUCUUCGUUACCCCUGCAGCCUGCCGACUCCAUGCCUGAACGAAACGGUCUAGGUGAGGGGUCCGGAGCGGUAAACCUGCACCGCCGUCCUGGAGCGAUUAAGGAGAAGCCGGAGAAAUGGAGGGAGAGGAGGAGUGAUGGAGAAAUUCCUGAGAACAUCAGCCCUGCUCAGUCUCAUAACAGGGAGGAGAGGAGGAAAAAACAGCCUCUGUAUGUCUCACUCACUCUCAGAUUUAUCUAAGAUGCAUCUACACAUCCUUUUCAUAUCCUGUUACUGUCGUGCUAAAAUACUUGUACCUUUUUCAUGAAUGAAUCGAACCUCAUUUACAUUUGUGUGUCAAUCCUGCUGCAGGAGUGAAUCGACCUUCUCAUCAGUGGACAGUUUGUCUCCAGGCUCUGAAGGAGCUGGUGCUAUUUCAGCCAGAGAGGUGCUUUAAACGUCCAUCUGUUGCAAUAAAAAGAAUGUUUUCAAAGUUUUAUGUGUCUAUUCAUCAAUGGUGGAUAUUGUAAAACUGUUUUUAAACUCUAGUUCAUGACCAUUAUUCAUAAUUCAUAUAACUUCUUGUCCAUCCUGCAGUUGAUUUCCCCCUCAGAGUGCCACAGUGAUGGCUCGAAGGGAAGCUCCUUCAGAAGGAAACAUCAGGACAGUUCUGGUCACCAAGAUGCUGCACACCCCAUCCCCUCCACACCAGACAGGUACCAAAAUGAGUGCAACAUCUUUUCCCCCCUCGCAUCUGUUUGAUAUGGAGACGAAAUGAUUGAGAUGAAUAAAGCACAAAGACAAUUUCUAUAAGAAAACUCCUGUGUCAUCAGCAAAGACUCAACUGUCCAUCAACAGUUGAUAAAACGACAGUUGAUUAUAAUUAAAUAAGACGUUAAUGUUAGUCUGGACCUAAACUUGAACAUGCGACAGUUUAACAAAAGACUGUAUGAAGUUGAAAAGUUGGACUUUGAAUUUAUUGGAUUAUUUCUUUGUUAGAUGAGGUAAUGAGUCAUUUAAGAUUUGUCAGUGGUAUCCAGAAUUGUCUGUCUCUCUGUGCCCUGCAGGUCAGGUGGUUUCUUCAGCAAGAUUCUGAAGAAACGACCGCACAGGGAAGCCCAUACUCCGGACAACGGAGAGUUGACGUUUGCCCAAACCCUCAAUGAGCGAUCAGCAGGAGGGGAAGGUAAACAUGCCAACAGGGGGGAGGUCUUUUGAUCUGUCCUUGUCAAGAUUUAGAAAAACCUCAGGAUAUUUGUGGAACAGGGAGUUUAAUUCGCAUCAAUCUGAUCUACUCCCGACUGCAAACAGAGUGAUUAUUUUCCCUCCUAUAAACAAAGUGUGGAUGUGAUGACCCAGAUUGUGGGGUUAAUAUGAUGUGCACUGCAGCUGUCUGUUAGCUGCAGUGAAUUCUCAACAGACCUGUUAAAGUUAGAAAAGCAAAGAAACACAGGUGUGCUAUCUCUAUUUUUCUCAGGACUUCACUAACCCCGCUGUUUGCUUUCUAAAAAAACACUGACCCGUGCAGGUUAUGUUCAGUGCUUGGAGAGUAACUUAACUCUUUGUUUUGUUCCCUCUAUUAGACUUCUUACGCUCACUCUGUGUUUAGUGAGUUUAAGAGUUUCAGUCGAGUGUUUAAAAUUAAGCCAGAGACGAAUCACUCGCUUUACUUUUAAUCCCACUUCACGAUACUAAGUUUUGAAAUAUUCUCCCUCUCUUUUAGCGCCAGCCUCAGCCCAGCCACAUGGCGAGCGAGCCGGUAAAGGUUUGGGCCGUAACCCCACCAUAAAGAUCAGUCGAGCCACACGGGUCUCUGAGCAGUGGAACGCUUCGCUCGAUCGGGAAAUCACAAACGCCAACGAGCUGCGGCACCUUGACGAGUUUCUAGGCAACCAGGUGAGAGAAAAACUACCAGAUGUUUGUUUCCUUGAGAAGUCGUUUCAUUGUCUUCACCCACUUAACAUUUGUUUGUCCUUCAUAGGUGAAUGAUUUCCGCUCUAGAGGAAAAUCACUGUCAGCCACAGAAGCCAUCUUUGUUACUGCUACCAUGCAGUUCAGAGAGAAUAUCAAAGCCAUGUAUUCUCUCCCCGUAAGUCUAUCCGCAGGCGCACAACAGUCACAUCUUACAUCAUUCUGUCUCAUAGCUCUCCCUUAUUAACCUUUCCUCUUCCUCAAUUUUAUCUUCUGUCCCAUCAUCUUGACCAGAAACCCACCACCGGCUACAAAGGUCUGAUGUCCUGCUACCAGACUAAAGUAAUCCACCUGGCGGGCGAAAGGCAGAAAGGGGAAGUCCAACUUGUGGUCAACCUGUUCCAGUCAGUGCUGGAUGGUUUCAUCAGAGGAGAGAUGAAGAAAGAGGAGGCUGAGCCCGCAAAGGUGAAAUAUGGAGAAUCAUUACAAUUCAGUCUUCUUAUUCCAAAUCUAAACAAAGUCAUAAACACAUACUUACUCUUUUUUUUUCAGCCUAAAGCGAGAAAAAAGAGAAGGAAAAAAGAUAAGAGUGUAAGUGUUCAAACCUGCAGAUGUCGCUUUUUUUUUCAGAUGUAUGUUUUUCAAAAAAUUGUUCUAAAAAAUUUGUAUUUUAAAAAAUGUGGAUUUUUAUUCGCUGAUUGUCUUUCCUGUUAGAUGGAGAGCCCUCUGGAUCAUACUUUCGUCAACUAUCAGGUCAACAUCAUGCAGUCAUGUGACCAGUGCAGCUCCUACAUCUGGGGCAUGGAAAAGGCCUACAUGUGCAGCUGUGGGUUUACGCCAAGAAAAUGCGUCUUUAUCUUAAACACGAAGAAUACAUGUAACGCAGUUACUGUCAAAGAAAUAAUGUCCCUAACUUAUCGUCACUGUUUUUAACUGCAGAUUGUAAAAUGGUGUGCCACAAGAAGUGCCUCUGCAAAAUCGUCACUGACUGCACCACUUUCUGUGUCAAAAAGGUGGGCGUUUAUUUUAUGUUUUUACACGUGACAGGCCUGGAUUAAUGGCAUGUUUAUGAAGUAUAUGGUACAAUUCACCUGCUUUCAAGCUUUGACAAACAACACUGGGCACGGAACAGUAGCUGAACUGACCUUGCUUCUCUUCGUUUUUAUCGCAUUGCUCUGUAUUUUGCUUUAGUAGUAAAAGUAGAGCGCCUUACAACUGUCUGUCUAAUCCUGCAGAGUGAUGAGGACUCUGGUGGUCAGCACUUUGGGGUGCGUGUGUGUCACCUGGUCAAUGAUAAAAACCCUGUACCGAUGGUGCUGGAGAUGAUGCUGGAGCACGUGGAGAUGCAGGGCCUCUACACCGAGGGCAUCUAUCGCAAGUCUGGCUCUGCCAACCGCAUAAAAGAGCUGCAUCAGCGACUGGAGACGGGUCCGAGUCCUUCUUUGUUUCAUAUCCAGACUAAGAAGAAAAAUCUUGUAUGAGUCCUUCAGUAACUGUUUCCAUUCCUGCUUUUAGAUCCCCACCUGGUCUGUUUGGAAGACUACCCCAUCCACACAGUGACAGGCCUGGUGAAACAGUGGCUGAGGGAGCUGCCAGAUCCACUCAUGACCUUCACACAUUAUAAUGACUUCCUGCAUGCAGUGGGUAAGAAGGGCAUUACCCACCAGGGGGCAGAAUUUGACAUUUGAUACUCUUUUUUUUUUUUGCUGCUGUGGGGCUUUUGACUGUUUACAGUAACUAACUGUUGCUGACUAACAACAGAACCAGAAACUAUAAUGGUUGUUGAUGAGUUUGUGUUUUACUCUCUAUGUAGAACUGCCGGAGAAGCAGGAGCAGCUUCAUGCUGUAUACAAAGUGCUGGAAGAGCUCCCCUCAGCCAACUUCAACACAUUGGAGAGACUUGUUUUCCACCUGGUCAGGUAAGACGUAAACAAGACAUCGGUCUACUGGGAGUAUUUGGUCCUAGUUUUGGACUCAUUAGAUGUUCUUGAGUGACUUUCUCCUCUUGAAUAAACAAAUAAAUACUUCAAUCAAUGAAAUACUCAGAUGUUUAAAUAUGACGACUACUACUACUACACACGAGUGCUACUAAACUACGUGCUAACUCAUCAACUCUUGCAGGGUGUGCAAAGAGGAGACUCACAACCGCAUGUCUCCAAACUCGUUGGCGAUCGUUUUCGCCCCGUGUAUCCUCCGCUGCCCAGACAGCGCUGACCCUCUGCUCAGCAUGAAAGAUGUCGCCAAGACAACCACGUAAGGCUGUCGUGAAAGCAGGAUAAAAGAUAAAGAUGAGUGCACACCGCGCUGUACGUAUCGAAUUGAUUUAAAUAUUACUCUGCUUGCAGGUGCGUGGAGAUGAUUAUUAACGAGCAAAUCAGGCGCUACAACGAGAAGAUGGAUGAGAUUGAGCAGCUGGAGUACGCAGAGGCUCUGGCUGUGAACCAACUCAAACUCAAGAGACAAAACACGGUGAGAAACAAAGACAGUGACAGUUAUUGAUUAGAACAGUAAUGUGUUAGUAUGUGAUUUCAUCAUACAUGAGGAUCAUCAGAACCGUUCAGCUGUCCCAGUGUCAGAGUCUUGUUUUCAGGGUUCAUGGGUAACAUUGGCGAUGUUCCUUGUCUCUCUUUAGCACUUCUGGCACUUACCCCUCAGGUUCUCAGCUCCUUACAAAGGAGUGGUGGUAUGUAUCAUCUAGUCCUCCUAGUACAGUAGUUCCAGUAGCUAUAAUGUGUAUACUGAAGUGCCAUGAGGUAGCGCCUGUGCAUGGCAUGGUAGAUGUGGGUGGCACUCCCCUAAUCCCCUCUUUCUCUUCCUAACUAACUGGUAGUAGUUUGCAUGUUGCUGUGCAGUCCUACUCGUUCUCUUCAUGAGAAGAAAGACGGCUCUGGGGUCGGUGUCGCAACAAUGAUUUUGUUGUUGUGCUCCACUAAGUUUGAAAUGUGAGAGCUUGUUUAUCGUUUCCUCUUUUUUUUAUUGUGGUGUUUCGUAUCUCAAUCUCAACGGUACAUUUGUGAGAUGGUGGAAGUUUGUGUGAUCCAGUUUCUUUUGGAUUUAAGCCUUUCUCUACAAUCUGGUUCAUGUUAUCGCUGCAGGAAUGCUGGGCAGAUGCAUGAAUGCCACAAGCACCACCCAGCCUCUUCUUUACUCUUCACUAACAAAAUCUGAAAUCACUUUCAGAUUUGGUGCAGACAUCUCCGAGUGAAGUUUUUUCAGUGAGUGUGAGAUUUGUUGUUGUUUUUUUUGCAGGUGCAUGAGAAGGCCAGUUCAGAUCUCAGUGUGGUUCCUGAGAAUGAGCCUGUAGACUCAGACACAGAGGCCGAGAAGAACUUGGUAGAGCGAAUCAAGUCCAUCAAACAGGAGAAGUAAGAGUGCUUUCAGUGUUUUCUGCGUAUUCAACGUUGUUUAGCAUCCUUCUUCAGUCUCUCAUAUCUCCAAUGUUUUCAUCUGCAGAGAGGAUCUGGCCUGCAGACUGCCAGAGAUGGAGCAGCCUGGCUCAGACCAGGAGAACUUGGACUCGGAAGCCUCGCUGAGCUCCGAGAGCCUAUUAGACGAGCAGCAGCGCUCCUCUGUACACAGCUCAGAGCCUGAAGGUUGGUAUUCAGCUGCUUCCUCACCUCUUCUUCCUUCUACCUCUUUCUCUCGCUCACCUUUGGGUUUCUGACCAGACCACGGGCCGCUGGCUUUGGCCCUUCCUGUCUUUUGUGGUACAGGUCUGGACCAGUGAUGGUGAUGGGGCGGUGACGUCUGCUCUAUAACCAAGCAGGUCGGAGGAACAGCAACCGUGUUUGUGUGUUUUUUGUGUGUUUGUGUGUGUGUGCAAAUAUCUGCACACCCUUAAAUGCAUGUGUGUAACAGAAGCAUGCUGAAAAUUCUCCCCCCCAACAAUUUCCCCGGACAAUUGGCAUGACGUGUUUGAUUGAAUUUCCAUCCACUUGAGCCUUUCUGAACAAAAAUGUCGUAGAUAACAUGGUUGCAUGAUCUUCCAUUGGUCCUCACCCUCCCUGGAUUGUGUGAAUCUUACUAGCAGCUUCAAAGAAAACUCGUCUGUCUGUCUUCCUCAUCUCUUCCUCUUGUUUCCCCUUUUUUUUCAGGGCGGGUUGGAGCCCAGCUGAAGAGAUUAAGGCCAGCCUGCCCACCCAAACCACCAGACCUGGCCCAGCGACCUAAAAUCCUAAGUGGACGCAUCUCAAUGCCGAACCUCACCCCCGCUAGCUCCACUUCCUCCGUGUUCAGCUGUGCCUCAUCAGCCUCUGAAUCCUCCUUCAGACACCCGCUGCAACGUCGUAACCCCGUCAUUCCAGACACAGUCAAACUUCCCCCGGGCGUCCUCUCCCACUCUGCAUCCUCAAAUCCAGAUCAGACUUUGACCCCUGGAAGUCGGGUGUCACAGUACUUGGUGAAGAGAAGAGAGCAGCCUGGCCGUCGCAAAGACAGCACUCAGUCCUUGUACAUUGACAGCCAGGAGAGUGACUUAUUAUUGCGUUUUUCUUCCUGCCCUCCUUCUGCUUCCUCAUCCUCCUCCUCCAUCACCAUCCCCGCACCUGCAGCACCUCGUCACCAGCAGCAGCAGCAGCAGCAGCAGCAAGAUUUACAGGCUUCAAAGGGCCAGAGACGUUUUUCUGACCCGGACAUACCAUAUAUGGAUGAUGAUGCCUGACCAGAUAGUGAAGGAGAUUAUGAGGAACAGUCUCUGUAGCAAAAAGGAAAGAGUGUAAAAGCCUUACAGAGAGUCAGGAGAGUAAAAGUUUAGCAGAAUUCACGCUGGUUUUCCUCGCUGUUGUCAGGGGUAACCAAUCAAGAAUCUGCGAAUGAGUCUAAAGUUUAUUAUUCUCCAUAACAGUCAGAAUAACUGGACACAGUAUUGACCUGCACCUUUUCUACCAUUUUAUUGUUUUAUGGUCAAUUUUGAUGGAUCCAAUUCAAACAGAAUCAUUUUUCUUUUCUCUGUAGCCUGUAACGACGGGCCGACCAUGUUUCUUCUUUCUCCUUUUAAAUAUUCAUGCUAAUUCAAAGAAAUCCUGUCAGUUUCUAGCUCCCCUUUUCAUUCCUCUGUUUUCUUAAUGAGUAAAACCCGCUCCGUAAAAUGUUAGCUAGUGCCUUGGUUAAUGUACAGUAAGUUUAAAAAGCUCGUUUCUCAUGUACUGUUAUGGACGGUGCUCACUGAGAGAGGGAGUGUUUUUCUCGGAUAAAGUAAGGGCACUUUUUUUCCUCAGUCUUUUUGUUUGUAUUUUUCUGCAACUGCACAAGACAUUCUUUAGAUAAGGACCUAAACAAGCACAACAAGCCUUGACGCAACAGCUGCUAAGGACAACAACAUCUCCACACCUUAACCACGCACCUGCCGAACAACAGGCCCCAGAUAGGAACCGUUUCUCACGCAGCAAAGGGAAACUGGAGCAGCACACGCCACUUUUUUCCUCCACAAACCAAGCCUUCAUGCAUUAGCCAUACCACAAUGUCUCUAAAACCCUGGAGUCCUUGAACUCAUCUUUCCUGUUUUCUAGACCGGACUUGGCGUCACUCAGCUGUAUCAUACCAGCCGUUCAGGGAUAAUAGUCCCAGAAUGAGCCGGUCCUGCUGAAGCACAUCUUUGGCUGUCUUUGUAUGAUAUGUAAUACUAAUGUUCCUCCCUGACUGCUGUUGAAUGAUGUUUAUUAGUUUGUCUGGAUUAUGAGGAAGAUGUUCUGAUGUGUAAUAAUGUGUAAACAGAGAGUGUAUGGUUGGGACUGAAUGAUGUGAACUGCGAUUGUAAUUAGUAUUAACAUGACAAUACAUUACGUGAUGCUUGUAACCAGUGUCGCUGCGUGUUUUGAUUAGACAGAAAAAUCCAGUGUUGAUUUCACAUGACAAUCUUUAAAAAAAAAAAAAUAGAUGAAUGUCCAAUUUAUUAAAAGUAGACUUUUUAUUUCAUCUAUAAACCAUGAGAGUUUAUUAAUACACUUCUGAUCAAAAUCUUAAGACCAGUUAAAAAAAUUGCGAGAAUUUACAUUUAUCACUGUUGGACCUUAAGACAGUUAGUAUAGUUUCAAAAUGCAAAAAAAAAAGAAGAAAUGGGAACAGGAGACCAAAAGUUUUGAGCAGGAAAUUUAUUGAAAACAGCAAUUUAACUGAAAUUGGCUGUUCAUCAGCUGAUCAAUAGUUUUAAGACCACAGCCUUUAAAAGCCUAAAUCUGUGAGAAAAUUUGGAUUCCGGAGGGUGAUGGAAGAAAGGAAGGAGAUCUGGCCUUUGAAGAGCCCUUCCUUCACUGAUAUCGUCUGAUUCUUAUUGGGGUGCAGUCAGCACCUGUAACAGCCUCAAUUUGGGACGAGGAUCGUCCUGCGUCUUGACGGACACACAUUCGGAUCCUCCGGCUCAGUGCUGGUGAGAUUUUUUGAGGUCUGCCACUUGAUUUUUUUUGUUCCAUAACCCUCCGGAUUUUUUCAGAAAUGAAAAAUGACUGUCUUACUGCGUCC